AUGAGGAUCAUAACUUCAGCCAAAGGCCUGGAGGAAGCUGUGACUGUGAAAAGAAGUGAAUCCGCUGAUGCUGAGGGGAUAGGCAAACUCAUCAACCCCAAUACUCUGGAGAUCUUUGGAAAAGUCAACAUUAUUCAUCUGCUGUAAGGGAAUUUAUCACUUUAUCUGCUUCUUAAUGACAGUUAGCUUUUUCUAUAAAGAAACACUAAAACAUGUUUGUGUUUAGCAGCUAGUCUCUUUAUUUUGAUGAUAAUUAAGUCAGUGACAACAAAAAAACUUAAACAAAAGAAAGUUUUAUCUGUUUAUUGAGAUGAUUUAUGUCACCCCUCAUAGUAUUUUGUGACAAGGCACAGUAGAUGUGUGUUUAACAAGCUACUUUAUCUUAUUUCUAGAGGGGCCCUAAAGGUUCAACUGCACAUGCAUUUCAUGAAUAUGAUAAAUGUUGAGUACAUUUCAUGAAAUUCUAAAAUAUUUUUAAAAAGGGGAAAAAAUCAUGGAAAAAAACUUAUAGAUACCAGAGAUUUUUAAUCGGCUAUUUUCCCUCUGUUGUCUGAGUAAUUGUAACAUAAUAAUUUUAUUCUUAAGAAAACUUUUUGUUGAAUGUGAGUAUUAUUUUAUCUUGACUUGAUUGAUUCUGUGAGAUUGUCUAUCCCUUCCCAGAGAGAAAGCUAAUCUGGCGGUGACUCUGGCCAAUGAGAAGGAGGACAUCCUUGCCCAUGCUUCCUUCUUUGAUCACCCUAUUGGAGGUUUGGUGGAUCAGACUCAGUGGGAAACUUUCCUGCAGAAAAACUACAAGGCUGAAUCAUGCACAGUGCGUAUCCUUCAUCGAGUGAAACCAGCUUGCAGAGUGCACAGAAAGCAGCUGUUUUCAAAAUAAAGAUUAUGCAUGUGCCUGGUUUUGUGUUUUACAUCUUCAACCCAAACAUAACUCAUCUGACAGUUUAUUUGUUUGCUUCUGCAGCCUUGGAACACUCUCUUCCUCCACCUUUUUGUGUCACAUCCAGAUUUUGCCUCAGCAAGCAUAAAGGAAAUACUGAGGUAUGAAAAUAAAGUAUAAAAUAACUUUUAAGAAACUAUCUGAGAAAAAUAGGUUACCUGUGAUAAAUGGUUAGCUACCACAGAUGUUGAGGUCAGCAUUGUUUCUCAGCAGUUAUGAGUUAGAUCAACUCUGAAAAUUGGUUUCAUAAAGGAAAGUUCAUGUCUGCAGAGUUAUAACCCCCUUGGUGUCAUUCUACCCCUCACAGGGCUGUUUUUAAUGCCGUCACCGAGCUUGAACAUGUCUGCCUGCUCAGCCCUCACACUGGUCUUUUAGGUGAGGAUGUGCUUCAAACUCUCAGUGAUGUUAAGCAAAGAUUCAUGAACUUCCUUUGCAGAGACUGAGUUUUGCGACUUUGUGUUCAGAGCCAGCUCUAAAGGAGACGUUUGAGCCUCUGCAGUGCCUGAAUGACCCUGGCCCUCAGUGUUUGGCUUUAAUUUGUCACAGUAAAGAGCUCUGUCCAAGGCCUCAAAUCCGUCCAGCCAGGUGAGUUCAGCACAGUCCUUCUCAUUAGAGUCGUUAAGAUAUCAGAAACUUCUUCUGAGCUGAAAUAACUUCAUAAAACAAUUGUUACUCAUGCUUUUAUUUUGACAUUUUUCUGUCUUGUGUUUACUGAACUCUUAUUUUGAAGUAUGAGCUACUUGUGGUACAUUCAAAUGAAUGGUGCUGUGCUCACAUUUACCUGUUGUGCUGGAACUUUGCAAAAUUUAACUACAUGCAAUGCUUUUACUGACCACUUGGGGGCAGUCUAAACAAGUUUACGCACUCAAAUUGAGGCCAAUUUAAAAAAUUUUAAUCCACCCACUAAGUUUAGGUCCACUGUCUCCUAGCCCUGGUUUAGUUGCUACCCUUUUCUGAAAGAGUAUUCAUCUGUUUAGCUGCUUUAUCACCAGUUGGUUGUGAAUUUUGUCCAUCUGCUUUUUGAAACUGAGCUUGUUUUUGGUUGUUAGUGAAAGUCUACUGAAUACACAAGCCAGUAAAUGUGCUGUAAAAUCCAAACAAUGAUUUAAGCAUGGCAGAAAUUCAGAGAAGCUGCAGAACAGUUUUGAAUUACUGGUGGUUUAAGUAAAUUCAAAGAGCCCCUUUGUAACUGUGGUUAAUUUGACUUGGUUUGUUUAACACUGUUUGAGAUGAAAAGGUGUAGACUAUCUUUUUCUUUAUUACAGGGUUGAAGAUCAUGAUGACGUCAUGCCCUUAUUUACAGAACAGACCAAACAGCUGUCAGAUGACCAUCCGUACUUCCUGGCAGAGCUCAUAGACACACAAAAUGAGAAACAUCACACAGCUGUUUGUGAGGUUUGUCUGAAGUUUCCUCCAAUAUCUCUUUAAAACACUCAGAAAUAUUUGUCUGGAGCUUUAAUUGAGGUAAACUUCCUGCAGCUCAUCCCUCUUUCUGGACUUCUUUAAUAUGUCUCGAUUCAUUUCAGAAGGAGUGUAGAGUAAAAGCUGCUAACUGGUUUACACUGUGACUGACCGUCAGACUCCCCGCUGCGGUCCGUUCCCUCGAGAUCUUGAGUUGACAGAUCUCCUCUCCUCUCUGCCAGUCGGGCUGACAUGUGUUCAUGGCAGCAUAUGGCAGACACAAGCUGAUACUCGGCCAAGACGUGCUCUCACUGAACAUAUUGUGUCCAGACAUCUGAAGCAUUUUGGGCUUUUUGUCUGAAUGUGUUGAGCACUCAGAGAACAAACAGUCAAACAUCGCCCCAGAGGGUUCGGCUUUCUCCCCCUGCAGGAUACCAAAACCAACUAUAAACCUACUCCAGCUCCAGAAUUUCACAUGUACAUAUUUCUUGGGUUAGACCUCGCUUUAGUGGUCGAUUGAUGUUUUUUAAUGGCAAAUGUCAAUUGUUGUAGAACAGGUCAGCUGAUAUAUUGCCCCAAUACCACACUGGUAUGUUAUCCAUUUAAUGAAUUUUAAAGAUAGAAUAAAAAUGACAAAUGAGAGAGAAAGUAGCUGAACUUGAAUGAAUAAUCAUUAAUUUCCUAAGUUGAAUACCCCCACAAAUAUAUCUAUAUAUAUUUAUAUCUGUCUAACCAUCUGUGAUGAUUAAAAUAUAAGGUAAAUAUGUGGGUGAAAGUAUCAAAGUUAUGUGUGGUUCAUUAUUCCGUAAUCUAACAACCAUGUUCAUCUCAGUCAGUUACUUGCUGGUUUAAUACAGACUUGACUAUUCAUCCAUCCAUUUCCGUCCCCUUACUCAAAAUUGGAUCAUGGUGGCAGCAGUCUAAGCUAGCUAAGCUCCUCCCAGCAACACUGGCUAGCCUCUCCUCUGGAGUCCCAAGGGUAAUAUGUCCCAGGCCAGAUGGGAUUAAUCAUUCCUCAUUCAAACUCGGGGUUUACCUCGGGGUGUCCUCCCAGUUAGACAUGCCCUGAAUACCUCUAAAGGGAGCCAUACUGGAGGCAUCCUUAUCAUAUUCCUGAACUACCUUAGCUGAGUCCAUCUGAUUGAAGAAUCAGCGGCUCUACUUUGAGCUCCCACUAAAUGUCCGAGCUUCUAAACCUUAUCUUUAAGACUGAGCCCAGACACCCUCCAGAGGAAAUUUCAUCUGCUUGUGCACUUAGACUUAUUCUUACAGUCACCAUCCACAGCUCAUGACCAUAGGUGAGAACUAGAAGGUAGAUCAACCAGUAGACCUGAAGCUUUGCCUUCUAGGUUAGUUCUGUCUUCAUCAUGACAGUCCAGUUCUACGCCUGCAUUGCUGACACCAAUCCACCUGUCAAUCUCACAAUCUGUUAGAGACCCUGAUGUAUUUAAAGCCCAUCACUGCUCUCUCAGGAACAACCACCAUACCUACAUACUUAAAGUAAAAAGAUAAGCGGGUGCACCUCAGUGAUGUUUAUGGUUUUUCUCCACAGAUUGACGGAGUCGUCAUCGGCUUUAUCAGCGUCACCUCUGAUGUGGAUUUAAAUUGUCUGAACGACAACUUUGAUCUGCGUGAGUUUAACGGUUUGUACAAAAUUCGGAAAAUACAAGAUGAAGAACCUGCAGCUCAGUCUGAUCCAAGAGGCAAUGAAGAGGAACAGAGACACACCCACAAAUCAGAGUCACAGCAGGUCAGAACUCAGUCAUUUAUUUGAUCUGAUUAAACAGAGGAAGAAAUGAUGAAGCUUAGACACAGCUGGGGAACUUUUCAAUGAUCUUCUCUUUCUAAAACUUACUGCCUGGUUCAAUAAAGUCAUAUGAAAAAUAAAAACACAUAGUCAUGUUAAUAAGGGGUCAUUUUACACUGCUCAGUUGUGCAUUAAAUAUCUUGGAGUCUUAAACCCCUGACUGUGAUUUGUUAUUAUGACGUUUAUUUCAGCAGCAGGAGGAGGAGGAGGAGACACCGUCAGAUCAGCAUGUCUCAAAGAAAUCAAAUGCUUUCUGUAUACAGUUCUUUGGUGUUCACAAGAGCCACGAAAUGAGGUAAGACAGCUCACACCUGAAUGAGGAUAUUGAUGAGCAGAUUUUCAGAAUAUGUCUGGAACCUGUUUAGUGACAGAGGCCCUAAUACUUCUUUUUAUCUUGUUGUUGCUCUUAUGGUGCUUUGAGUUGAAAAUAUCCAAACAUAUGGCUCACUGCCACACCCCUCAAUGACACUUAAUCACUGACUUCUGUUAUUAAAUUUGGUAACAACAAUGAAAGAGUGAAAUUAUAAUGAAACUGUGCACAGGCACAUAGGUUUGUUUAGACCUUUUUUAUACACCCUGAACUGCAUUUGAUCAAUGCAUCAUUUCCCAGUUUAAUCAAUAAAUCUUUUAUUUAUAUAGCGCCAAAUCACAACAGCUGUUAUCCCAAGACGCUUUCCAAAAAGAGCAGGUCUAGACCAUGCUCAUUGUUUACGUAUGUUUUGAUGCUGUAAGGUGUUAUAAGCUGUCUGGGGUUUGUCAAAGGCUGCUUUAUUUACACACAGACAUCAGCUGAGCAGAGAGAGGGGCUCAGAGAUGCUGCAAAGGGAGAGGGAGAUUACAAAAAAAUGAACUAUUUCCUGUAACUUGAUACUAUUUAAUGAUUAAUGCAACUUUUUUCUGUCCUGGACACAACUUCAAAAAUAAAAGCAUUGUGUGAAAACUGGGGAAGUUUCUCAACAGAAAAAAAGGUCAGGCUUCGGCUUUGUAAUGAAUCCAAGAAGUGUUACAAAAAUAUAUUUUUCAUGCUUGGGACAGUAACAUACAUGGUACAGAGAGGAUACAGACCUCAGGCAAUCUGAACAGUCGAAUCUGUUAAACAGAACGCCAAAAGUGAAGUUGUUCCACAGCUGUCAUGAAGCCUCAUGGUAUGUUAGUCAGCUGUGAAAAAAAGCAAGAUCAGCGUUUUCUGGACCAAACUCUAACAAACUGCACUGGACCAGACCUCUUCUUAGAAAUGCACCAUACUCCCCAUAAGGAGGCACUGUGAAACUGAGGUCGUGGGGGCUGUCAGUGGACACAAGUUUAGAAGAAUUAAACUUUGUUACAAGAGGCUUCAAGGGGAUUCCUAGUUGAGGUGAGAAGCAAUAGAUCUAUAAAGGGUUUAACCUUCUUACAUAGAGCAGUAUUAAUGUAAUUUCUAACAUCACACAGAAUACCAAGACCCAAUUUGGACAGAUUAAAAGUAUUGUAUUAAAAGGAUGAAAUACAUAAAUCAUAUCAGAGAAGUGAAGUUUUCACCUCUAGACUCCUGCUUAUUUCAGACGGGACUUCAGCAGCGUCCGUGGCAGCCGUCCAGAGCUCCAUCAGUCAUAUGCCGUGUUAGAGCAGAGAGAGUGACUGUUAGUUGGCUCCCGCUGAGCUCCUCUUUCCGCCUCCGCACCUCCCAGCUGUUGCUGAAUAUGAAGUCGAGUGGCGUCCCGCUGAGAGUGAGCAUGUUAUUAAUGAGAGGAGCGCUUAAAGUGACAGCGUGGUGGAGCUGAAGGCCAGAAGUUGAGCUGGAAGCUGUGGGCAGACUGGUCGGCCAGUUGUUCCACCGCAGUGAUCAGCAGCUCUGCUUUCACUCACACUUUGGCACUGACACAUAUUUUCACUUAACUUCCCAUUUCUUCUUCUUCUCUUCCAGAUCAGCAGACUUUAUCCCGUAUGUAUUCAACCUUUUUCCCGUGAGUAUCAUCUUGUCUGCUGCAGUCUGAUGUUUAGUAAUAGAAUAAAUCAUUGUUUCAGAGCUGCACAGACAAGAAAUAAAUCAAGAAUUAAUGUUUUCUCGCAAAAAAAGGUUGGCAUGAAUAUUCUCUGAUCCUUGAGGGAUGAAAUCAGAAGAUUUUUAUUAAGGAAUAAAAGAAAAAGGCCUAAAUAUUGUGAAAGAUCAGAUUCCUUUGCAUAACAGAAAAGCUAGAUGCUAAUUACAACGAUUUCCAAGCUGAAAGUUUUCAGAUUUCCUUUAAAAUUUACAGUUUGUAUUAUUUUUUACUCAGAGUAAAAACAUGUCAAAGAUGCUUGAAAAGCAUGACCUCCUUAAACCUGCACUCCUCCUGUUAGCCAGCAGAGGGCAACUCCACCAGCUGGUGAAAAUAAUCUUGUCCAUGAAAGAGGGCAGUGAUAACAUCUCAUCAGUCCUUCAUAUCAAACAAUGUAGAAGAACACUGUGUCUGUUGAGAGUCUUGCUGCAGGGGCAUGAAUUGUACACAGAAUUCUUUAAACUGUGUGCAGAGCAAUGAAUUACAGGCUGAUGUCUCCAUGUCUGUCUUUCAGGACCUGGACUUCUGUGUCAUCACUGUACCAACAGUGUCCCCUGACUUCCCACUGCUGCAGAGCUUCCACAGAGUGCCUCGCCAUGCAGCCAGUCUGCUGGGAGAAGAACUCUAUAUCUUCCUCCGGGAUGGGCUGGGGUGGGUCAGGAGUUAGUUUUGUCUGCUUCUUUAAGACAGCAUCACUGCAUCACAGUUGGAUCACUCUUUCUGUCACUGCACGCCUCAAAACUGCCUUGACAGUUCUGUGAAUGUGUAGUUUGUGUAUCUUCUUGCAGGGAUGUCAAGGUGAGACCUGCUGUGGCUGCAGACUUGCAGUCUGUGUCUGAUCUGGUGAAGGGCCUGAGCCUGAGUGAGUCCCUGCUGCAGGACCUGGACUGUUUCUACCAGACCAGGAGAGACCCGGUCAGUCUAUUCCCUUUGCUACCAAAUCAGCCUCUCAUUGGGGUGUGUGUGUUCCUUUAAACGUCAGUUUGAUCCCAGUAAAAUCCUGCCUCUCCAUCUGGAUGAUAAACUGGUAAACUAUGUAUCAAAACCUACAGAAUUAUUACUUUUGUGUCUUUUCUUAAAGUAGGUGUUUUCCAAACCAAAUGUUCCCUUUCAGCACAAGUUUCAUGAACAGCAGUCUGCGCUUGUUUGUCUUUUUAUCCCUGGGCUUUGUCUCUCAGGCAAUGCUGCCCUGUGGAAAGGCUUUUGGCUUUUUAAAGGAAAACUGCAGACACUCAACAGGGUUUUACAAAAGGAUUUCUUCAUCUGAAUUUUUUCAGGUGUAAGUCAUGCAAAGAAAAUCCAAUGUAAGUGUUCUGAAUGAUUAAAAAUAGAGCUACUUCAUAACAGUUUUCCAGUUUUGUUUCUAAUGGUCUGAUUUGCUUUUACAAGUCAAAAAGAGACAUCAGUGUCAGUUUUUUUCUGAUUUGCAGCCAGUUAAGAGCUCCUUACAGGAGCUUUUAUGUACUUAGUUAAUUUUGAAAGACUCUAAAUUCAAACAUCAUUUUUUCAAAAUGUUUUUUACUUGGUCUCUGUUUGAAAUUCCCUCCUGUGUUAGCUUAGAGAAUAAACUGCAUUUGCUUGUUUUGUUUUUCUUUUUAUAUCAAACUUAAUUCUUCAUUCAUGGCUCACUUAUAUCAAUUUUAAAGCAUGAAAAUUUCAGGUAAAUACAGGAGGUAACAUGGACAAUUCUUUAAAAUCAUCUCCCUUAGCAUAACAUCAGGUUACAAAUUCUAGCUGGGAUCCCCUCAGAUUUGAAAAUGAAAAAAUGCUGAUUGUUUUGGACAAUCAAGUGUGACUGGAGCUGCUGACAGUGAUUGUCUUGGAGAAAGGAGGACUAUCUCAUGUAUGCCAGCGAACAGAUUGGUGAGAAUUCAGCUGAACGGCUUCUCCUCUCUGACUGACGCCCCAGCUGUCACUGCUGCAGCUCCAACUCUGAUAAUUACUUCUUGACUGAGGAUGCAGCCACUUCAUGUGUAUUCAUGGCACUGGACUGCUGCAAGACGCUGUAUUUAAAUCAUAUCCAACCCACAUUUUUAAUAUUCAUUAUCUAUGUUGCUUUCUGCUCUUGUGUUUGUCAGGAUGAGGUCACUCUGCAGGCCUUUGUAGUCCAGGUGAACAGUCAGGUUGUGGGGAUACUGAUCAUCAGAGACGAGCAGGUGGGUUACAAAAUGCCAGUCACUGAACGAGAACUGGAACAUCCAUCUCACUCAUAUUUGUCCCUCAGGAUUCAAAAGUAUUGAACUCUCAAGUUAAACUGUGGGGUGUUAACAGUAUGUGGGCAAAGUUUACAGCUGAGAGGUUAAAGUAUGUUUGAGUAAUCCCAGGGUGAGGCUGCAGGCUAGGAGUUUUUCUUUGCACUACAUGGUAAAAAAAAGCCCUAAAACUGUUUUCUUUACUGGACAUAUUUACUAUCUUACAAUAAGACCCUCACAUUCUCUUUUUGUUGUUCAUUUGUUAAUCAAGAUAGCUGGUUCAACACUUUAUGAAUCACAAAUGUGCCUUUAAUGUUUGUAUCAUGGCCAUACUUCAAAAAAAAAAAGCUCCCGGUAUUUCCACGAUUUUCUCCACUUCCUGAAACAAACAUUGCGCAGUAGCGUCGUACGCCCUCCACCGCAUGCGCAGUAACAUUGUACCAUUUGGCGGGAGAGUCGUCGGGAGUCGCUGUGAUGACGCUCGGCUCAAACAUCCCCCAGGUGAGCUACGCAAUCUAAGUACGCCACAUAGGCUGUGUUAAGUGUCAAUCAAAGAAAACAUGAACCCCCUGAUAACUUUUAAAAAAUGGAGCUGUACAGAAAAAAGAGGACUUGAGCACAAACCAGGAACUACAUGUCAACAUCGUAAGCAAGGGGGUUCUCGUGGUGGCUUCACCCAGCGAGAAGGCAGACGGCGACGGCGUCCAUUCUGUUUACAGUCUAUGGUUCUCGCCCAAAGCUGGGUUUUUGGAACAGUGGGUCCUGGAAUCUUGCGUUUGGGAAUGCUGAGCUCUCGAACGCUAGGGUUCAGAAAAUGUUGGGUUUCCAGAAUGAUAAAUUCCUGAAUGUGGGUACCUGCAAUCUGGGGCCCGUGACUGCUAGGCUCUGGUAUAUUAGGCUCCUGAGUGCGUGGUUCUUCUAGAUUGUUGGUUUUCUGUAUCUUGGGUUCUGGUAUAUUAGAUUAUGAAAUGUUGACUUUCAGAAUGCUUGGUUCUGGAUGUUGGGUUCUGGUGUUUUGGGACCUGGAAUGUUGGGUUUUCAGAAAACUUGGUACAUGGGGGUUUUGGAAAACACCUUCCAACACUCUGGUCUGUAUUGUUGUGGGCAGUAAAAAUGAAGUUUUUCAUAAUGCUGAUUGACCUUCACUUCUGCUGUAUUGGAUUUUUACUUGUAUGUUACAUGUGCGGGGAAAGGGAGCUAUUGUACUGUAUUACUCUUGCUCUGCAGUGUUCAGUCUAACUGCAUAUCUACAUAGAAAACUCAUCAUUAAACAGCAGCUCGGGGUGAAUAAACACAUCACACUCACCAGUUUUUAACUCAUUACUCCAUACACAGUUUAAAGAGCGCCAUUUACCAUUUAUUUUUCUCAAGAAGCACAGUGUUCUUCACAUUACAUUAUUGUAAUGUUAUAUUACAUCAUUACCUCCUACUAGUCUGACAUGCUUAUGUGGUCUUUUUUAACCGUUUCUGUGUUUUCAUGGAAACACAGAAGUAUUAAAAGAAAAAAACAACAUAUCAGAAACUGAAGUCACAGCAUAAAUGACUGUGCCUCCUGGCUCCUUUUGAUUUACUCUGUUUUUCUUUCUUCAGGAUAUUGAGUACAUUCGUGCCCACUACAACAUCGAGAACUUCAUCUACUUCAGCCACCAUCGCUACGAGGAGCACGCUCAGAUACGACACUUUGUCCUCAGACCUUCCUUCCAGCACUUCUGCAGACACUUCUUUAAAGAGGUCCUCCGGCUGGCUCACAGGUCCUGUCUGUGCCUCAGAGUCUACCCUUCAGACCAGGACCAGGAGGUGGGUGCUCACAGACCCCACUGCCCCCCUGAUCACCAGGCCUCUUCCAGCCUCUGUGUCUGUCUGCUUAGUCACACUGUCAUUAGCAUAAUGACCCCAGAUUAUACACAGAAUAAAAAUAUUCUUUAUCCGUCAAACUCAGAGGAGCAGCAGAUGGAGUCAGGGUUAAAGUGACAAUAUAAUAAAGUUAAUCAGCAAACUCCAUCCCAUCACAACUUUUACAUGACAAAUAUCAGCCAUGGAGCCAAAAGAUUUGAGCCUGGGCUCAAAAAUACACAAAGGAUCAAUUUAUGUGUUUAAUGUCUGAAAAAAAAGGUUAAAUGUAAAACAUCAGAACAAAAGUAUGCAACUAGUUCUGCUUCAAAACACACAGGCUACUCAGACACUAAAACUAAAGAUAGUAAAGAGGUGUGUUAACACUCAGACUGUUAGUAGAGGGCUGCAGUAAGUUUUAAAGCCACCAGAUGUUGCUGUGUUUACAGAGCAGGGCUUAUUUUGACAGUUAUAUUUUAGUUUUAGUGACAGUUUGGUCACUGUUUUCCUGAAUAAUCUAAAUCUACUCAGUUGAUCAAAAGUCAUUACAUUUUAGACUUUCUAGUUCAAUUGAUCAAUCAGAAAUUUGAGUCAAGAUUUUACACAGUUUCACCCUCUGAACAAUGUAGCUUGUAUGACUCUCCUUCUGUGCAAUGCUGCUGUGCUGUUCCAUCUGAUGUAGAAGAGUUAUUUCUAAUGCAUAUCAAAAACAUGGCAGUCCUUUUACUGUGGUUGUAUUUGUUUCCACUGACUUGAUCUUCUUUCUGCAGGGUUUGGGGUUCAGGCUCAGUUGUUGACAAACAUCUCUUGACAUAAUUUUUAUUAAUGAGAUAAAAACUUUUGCUGAGUUUGAGUCUUCAAAGAUAUGAAUCUUUUUGUCAAAAUUCAAAGAAAUCUUCAAAGCUCCAUAAGGCCACACAUGAGUUCCACACUGUUAAAAUCCACUUAUUGAACUAAAAGAAUCAGUUUGAAUAAAUCCAGCUCUCACCUCUUCCUCGUUGUCUCCUCACCAGAGGGCAUAGAAACAGUCAGAAGGGUGUAGCACUAGUUUAAGAGCUGCAGGACUAAACCAUUAAGAAAAGUAGGGGAGGAACGGGUGCAAAUGAUGUGUGUGUUUGUGGUUUAUGGAUGAUUGUUUGUAUCAUACAAAUGUUCAUUUCAUGCAUUAUCUUUUAAUACUGUUUAUAUGUUUGGGGGAUAAGUGUUAUUUUUACUUGCUUUUGAUCUUUCCCAGUUGGUCUGGUCCAGCUGAGUUCCUGCAGCACAGAGUAUUUAAAGCAGCCAGGUGUUUUUGGUGUAAGUUUGUGUUUGUGUUGGUGUUGCAUCAUGACUUUACGGAGCACAGGUAAAGUCGCAGUUUGUUCUUCAGUGUCUCUACUGCUUGUUGUUUUCUGGGCAAACUUAAAGCCACAGUCUGAGAAUCAAGAAACGAGACAAAGAACUACUAAGCAGCUAACUACUCAUCCAACACAAAGAAAGACAUCACUCAGUCUUAGUUUGAUUCUCUUGUUUUUAGAGAGUAAGUCCAGAACAGCCCAGAUGAGACUGCUCUGUUUGCUCAGACCAGGCAGAUCUCUCUGUGUUUAAAGUUUCAGGUUAGUUUUUGCAGAGCUCGGCCCUCUGCAGGCUGAUGUCUCCAGGGUCAGGGCAGCAGGUGCUGACGGUGCUGCCAGCUCCACCUCUCCACUCCAUAAUAAGACAUUUCCUCGACAUGUAGAGGCCUCCACUUCCUCUGAUAAUUAUCCUCACAAACAAGCUCCAGAUUGGGAGAUGAUGACGUGCAAAUAGAAUAAUGGCAGAGGAUAAGCAGAGAAUUAGCUGUGUUGGAGGAGCUCUGGCUGAUGGUUUCCAGUGUAAGGGUUGCAUCAUCUAACCUCUUCACCGGAGCUCAUUAUCACUCCACCGCCUCCCUCACCCUCACCCUGAUGCUGUGUAACCUCUAGGGAGUUUUUUUUUUAAAUCUCUCUGAACUCUCUGACAUCCUGCCCUCUUCUUCUGCACUCAGAAUUCCUGCAUCCACCAUCUGGAUUCAGUCCUCAACUGUGCCGUCCCCGUCCGCCCGCGGCGCCAGAUCAUCUACCCGCUGGAAGAGCUUGGCAUCAACGCUCCUUCCAGGCAGAUCACAGAGGACCAGGUGGGCAUGGUGGCAGCUGGCUGACAGAGAGAAGCCUGCCAGGGAGUGUGGGUUAGCUGCUUACAGAGGGUGAACAGCAGGGUGUUAGUGGAGCCACUAGGGGGUGCUGUUUCAAAAGGGAAAAGUGACAUGACAAAGUUUUCCAGUGUGAUGGAAUAAACGCUGAAUAUUUCACAGUUAAUAAAGCAACAGCCACAGCAGCCUAAAGUAACAGAUAAAACAGUUUUUUGGUUGUUUCUUUGUUUUAAUUUGGCUCAAACUAACAGACACAACACACUGACACCUUGCAGACAAACAAAACUCAUUGCCCAGCUCUACUUACAAAGAGUGUGCAGUUACUAGCUUAUGUAAAAAAAAGACCUGCCUCAAGUUUCAUCUGCAGAAACUACUUCAAUGAAAAUUGUGUUUUUUCAGGUCACUUCAGGGCCUUUCAAUGUUUACUUUUUGGUGACAUUUUUUUGCAUUGCUGGUAAUUUUGUCAGGAAUAAGCCAUAAAUAUGUGCUGUUAUCCCUAACUGACUGGUAAAUAUAACUCACCCCUCUCUCAAAGGCAGAAUAGACAAACACUUUUGACUUUUAGACUGCAGCCAUUGAGCUUUGACUCUCUGUGUGUUAACUUUCCCUCCUUUUAUCUCCUUUUACUAAAGACAGGAUUUACUUUGAGGUUUGCUUUAGUUUAAGUUUUCUGUUUGAAUGAUGAUAUUGGGGAAAAAAAGAAAAUAGCAGUUGAGGUUUCUUUACUUGCCACUGAGAAAUAUACUGUUUAAAGUUCUUUUCAAAACGGUUAGUCUGCUUGUGGCUGUGAUUUACUUUUAUUUCCUGCACAUUAGAUAAAUAUCAGACUUACAGCAGAGCAGUUUAGACCUGAGGCCCCACUGUGUUAACUUCUAUGUUCAUUUCACUCCAUCAAACCCAGUCUAACCCUUUUCACCUCACUAAGUCAUGAUUUCCAGACUCUGUGCAGAUAAGAUCCUCGCCUUCAGGAUGAUUAAUCAAAUUUAAAGCACCUGUUCCCUCUCUGUCAAUAUGCUCAGGAUCAUAUUACACAGAGCCAUAGUCAUUGUGUGCAGGGAAGGUGAGGCGUCUGCAGUAUGAUAAGACCUGCUGCACCUGCUGCACCACACAUGCAGAUGAGACAGCAGCUUUGUUCCGGUGAAUGCCUCAUCUGGUUAAUUCCUGCAGUAUUCAGACAGAUGCAUGCCCGUAUUCAGUGUGUCCCUAACAUACACAGGGUUUUUACAGAGAAUGCGAUACUGAUUUUCAAUAAAUGUCAGAGUGCAGCAUCUGCAUGACACAUAAAUUACAAAUCAUUGUUAUUCUAAUGCAUUUUAGAGGUCGUAUUUGACUGUUGUGAAAACUGAUAACCAUAACGUUUCCCUCUGCUGCAGUUUAAUUCAGUUUCCUGGUGAAUUCAAGCCAAGAUGGACAAUCUCAUUGAUGUAUUCGGGAGUAUAUGUGCUUUUAAACAUGUUAAAUACAUCAAAUUGACAAAGAAUUUUUUAAAUUAUUAGUCAAAUAUAUUUAGCUUGAGUUAAUGUAGCUCUGAUCAGAAUUGUAAAAAUAUCUGUGCUGAAACAUAACUGGGCUAACUGCUGGUUUUGGAUCAAAAUUUCCCUGUAUGUCUUUCACUUCUCAAAUGAUGUGUUUAUCCCAGUUUGUUGGUAAGUUUUGGUUUACAGAGAUAACGCUUAAAAAUAAAUGUCAUGUUAGUAGAUGGUUAAGUUGUAGGAGCAGUGAGUUUGGACCAGCAAAUGGCCUUUGAGGCUGUAAUCACUUCCAUAUCUUCUGAUAAACUCUAAAAGCUAAACCUCUUCAAAGAAACCUUGUCUGGUUUCAGUAAUAUCAGAUGUGCUGAAAGCAGUGUGCUAAAAUAAAUAGCUCAAUAUUACUAAUUCAAAACUGUUAGUUGGGUGUGCCACAGGGUUCUAUCCUGGGACGUCAUCUCUUCUGCCUUUACAUUAGAUAUACAGCUGCUAAAUGGCUACAAAGGCGUUUGAUGCUACAUACUGUAUAUGCUAAUGAUUCAAUCGUUCAUGUCUAUUCACAUUUAUCAAGAUGAGUAUUGCUUUAUAUUUAAAAACUCUGCAUGUGUUACAGACAAAAUAAAUUGCUUUUCUUGUUCUACGUCUGCUUUGCUGUUAGUUCAUAUAUCUACAGUGUAUGGCUGCUUGUUUGUCAGUGUUGUAUUGUGUACCACUAAAGGCUGGCUGCAAAAUCACCAGAAACCACAUAAACUUUCAUCCAACAAGUAAGAGAUUCUGUCUAAACAGUCCACAACUUCUUUUUCCUAAGUCCAAAUCUAUUUACAGAUAUGUUUGAGUGUCAGUCUGUAAGAGAUAAUAGCCACACAGGUAAAUACACUUAGAAUCCAGGAUUUUAAACCAUGUCCAACAUGAUAUUUUCUAUAGUCAAAUUGUCUCGGGUCAUUCCUUGGGCUAAAUUACCUCCAGGAUCUCUCUCUUUAAACUUGCUCGCUGACCUUACUUUUAAGUUUGCUUUUGAUCUGCUAUAAAUAGAAAAGUAGAAUCCCAACUGUUUCCAAAGAUGACUAAUAAUCUGCUUUGUCAUUGCUGGAGUUCACACUUUUUAUGAGAUGACUUAUAUCUUAAAUACAUGCAGACAUUAAUAAGUAAUGUCCUUUUGUUUUCCAGCUAACCAAACCCUCUCAGCGUGUGACAGAUGUCAGGCACAUGCGCCCUCAGAAAUAAUUUGAAUAUCACACAAAGGUUAAUUUCACCCUCGGGUUUCCUCCUUUUUGUUUAACACUGUUUGCAUCCAACAAGGUGCAUUGUGGGGCCAAUCUGCCUAAUUAUAGAUGAUGAAGGAGUCAUUAGUGGCGUCAGAGCUUAGGGCGGAGACCGGAGACGACAUGCGAAAACUAGAACGCUGUUCUUCUGAGUCCUGAGAGACUCUUUAGUCACCCUCGGAAAAAUGUUCCUCAGGUCAAAGAUUUGAUCCUUUUGUUUUUUUAAAUAACUGUACACUCUUUUGCUGCAUUUAUUAUUGUCUAUAAAAGUUUCACUCAUUUUUCAACACACGAACAAAGAGGGAACACCUGAUCAAUGCACAAGCAGGUGGACCAACAUGUGCAAAGCAUAAAAUCAGAUUAAAGUUAUAUUCAAAAAGAUCAGGAGAAGUGGCAUCUGUUAUUUUCAGCUCCAAACUCCUUGCAGAUUUCACAUCUUUCUUUCUGUCUCUUUUCUUUCUGAUUGUCCCGCAGGCUCCAUUUGCUCUCAGCCUGAUCAGCAGGAAGUUGACCCUGGAACCAAAAGUCACCAUCAAUGCUCGGAUCGUCGUGGUAGGAGCGUCAGACACAGGUUUAUCUUUCCUGGAGGUGCUUUGUUUCUGGUAGGUCUCCUCUGUGUCAUAUGUUUCACACUUUACACGCACAUUAACUUAGAUAUAAUAACUAUCAGAAAGAACAGCAGUGAAAGUCACAAUUUCUCCUCCGAAACGUCAACAGGAUUAACCUCUUAAGGGGCCGCAGGGUGAACCAUCCCUGUUAGAGCCCAUUAGAGACACACACACUCACACACACAAACACCUCACCAUCUGUGCAGUGUGUGUGAGCUCUUUAAGAGCAAACACACAGCAGACUGAAGCUGGCAGCUUUAAUAUUUACCCUGUAAGUCGGACACUGACCUGUUUUCCUGAACAAGCAGGAAAAUCCUUCAUUCCAAAGUUUUAAGAUUGAAAUGAGUUUGUGGUGAUUCUACCAAAUAAUUCUGCAACAGUUGAUCAUUACAGCACACUGUAGAGCAUCAGUAAAGCACAGCUCAGUGUUACCUCAUUGAACUGGUUAUGAUGACUCUCCUUUUCAAGAAUACAUUAUAGGAAAAUGAAUACUGUGACAAUUUGCUUUCAAUAUUUAUGUUUUGAGUUUGGUCCAGAAAGCAUGUCUUUCCCCAGUCCUGCACUGAGCUUCAGAUCAUUCUCCAAUUCUACUAAAUGCGUGAGACAUUUGUCAUUGAAAGCUGCUAUUAAUACUUUAUAAAACUCCUAACUUGUCACUUUGGGAAGGUGAAACAUCUCUGUUAAUUCUUGGAAUGACAUAAAAUACCUUCACUGUAUGCUUAUUUAAUUUAAAUUCUUCGUCUAUCCAGAGUUUACACCCAAUUUUGAUUAAUCCUCUCAGAGGCGUUAGACCUGCAUUUGUAUCUCACAGUUUUCACUACGCUGCAUGUCAAAGUGAUGUGCAUCAACAUGUCAAUGUCAAGUGCACAGAGGUGAUCAAGGCGGUGUAAAAAUGGUGUCAGGUGCUGAAAGUAGAGGUAUUUAAGUGCUUAUGUACUGAAGUGUGUAGAGAAAUACUCCAGAUUCCUCAGAGCCCGCGACCCAGAGGAAAGAAAUCUCACCAUGAAGCUUCUCUGUCGUUUCUUUAUCUCCUUUUAUUCCAAGAAUCCAAUCUCUGCAAAUGUCACUUGACUCCAGUUUUGGCGUUUUGUUUGUUCGCUCCGCCGUCUUUGUGAGAUUAAGCGCUGAGGUAGAUAAUAAGGAGCGCUGAGCUGCUGAUUCAGAACCUGGUGAUAGCUGCCAGGCAACCGGGCCCGUUGUUCUGUGUCAGGAGAUCUCGCGGCUCAUUGAAACUCGCCACGGCUGGCACGGCGAUGAUGGCGAAGCCGGUGCACGCAGCUGUGUGAGGCCUGGCAUUCAGUGGGGUCAGUGCUGGCCCCCGUUAAUUAGCCACUCCAGUGUUUCCCCGUCAGGGAUCUGCUGCAGCGAUCUGUGUUUGCUGUCACUAAUGAGUUGACUAAUGAGGCAGUUAGUGUCGCUGGACUAACGGUGUGGAGGCCGCGCAUUGAGAGGGUGAAUGAUGGGUCAGCUUCGGCCUGCUGGGGCCCCCCUUAUCAGCCCUGCCCAAAUGUCCAGCCCCCCCCCCCCCGGCACACACAGCCCUCCCUGUGUUCAUUGAUUCAUACCCUCCCUCCCCUUUUCUCCAUUACUGUUCAGGACGGGGUCAGACAGAUAAAGAGCUCUGCAGCAGCUCGCCCCUCUGCUCGCCAUGGUCAGGCUGCAGGGUCACCAUGGCCGUCUGUCACUGCCUGAUAACAGAGCAAAUCUAGGACUUCUGAUUCAGACACAUCCAGACAGCAAUAACAGGCUGUAAAGCCUCAGAGCUGCGCCGUAAAUCCUCCUUCUGAAUCAGAUUAACAAAGAAAGUUUGACCAUAAUCAUUGUCUGCCAUGGGACUGAUGCUCUUAUUUACAUGUUGACAUGAAAAUCACAGUAAAACCAGAGAUGAUACUGAGCAUGAAACCACAGAUUAGGACAUAUAACCAGUACUCCUCUUUCACUGAUUAAUAAACAGAUUCCUCUCUGUGAAAACAAACUCACCAUUUCAUCGUUUUCUCUACAAGUUUGGAAUUUGACUUGACGCCGGAUGGUCUCUCUCCAGUAGAGGAUGCAGCAUCCGUGAUUUCCAAAAAGAAAGUCAGAUUUAUAUUGAUCAGACCAUCAACAGUUUUUCACUUCAGCUAAGUCCAUCUUUGAUAGGCUCAGGCCCAGAAUUUAGAGUUUGAUUGUAUUUUAAUCUCUUUUUAGCCAUUACAGAAAUCAAUUUAUCAACAUUUUAUUGAACUUUAAAAACCAUCAUCAGCUACAGUCCUAACUGUCCAAACUCCAUCAACUGAUUUACACCCUGUUAGAUAUUUCUGUAACACAAUAAACUCUUUAAUUGUAAUCAAAGUAAUGUAUAUUCACUUAUUGCUACAUCCUGUCUCACAUAGCUCCUCUUGGAAGUGGAAAAAUCAUACUGAACCACUUUAAAUUGUCUGACAGAGUACUUCAUAAGGUUGUUACAAAAAUGUUCUUUCAAACAAAUUAUAGAGCUGUUGUUCGACUUCUUUUCUAGAAUUGUCUCCAAGAGUCCAAUAAAAGAAAAACAAGCAAAGUAUGACAGAUUUAAGUAAUCUCACUCACAGGAUAGAAAUCUGUUCAUUUUCUGGCGAGCUCUGUAACACACCAGUGGUCCCGGUCAGUUUAGCAGCAUUCAGGUGCCUGGUGUUGGCGAUUUGUACCGGUGGGCGUUAAUUUAGCAGGAAGCUGAGAUAAGAGCGGCGAGGAGGCGAUCAGAGGCGUCGCUGCGAUAAGGUUGGACACUGUGAGGUACACGCUCUGCUAUUCACCAUCCAAGGAGCUGGAUCUGCUGUUAUCAGCUGCAUAAUGUCCUGAAGGCCAGGACAAAGCAACUCGUUUGAAUCACAAAAGACAGUGUACACUGUGCGAAGUAAACACACAAGGGACAGGAGAGCAGCUCAGGAUUUCUCAUGGCCAACAACCACAGAUCCACAGAUGCAUCGGUAGCUGGAGGAAAGUAAACAGCUGCCUGAAAGGAUUUCUAGUUUGUAUACGCCACUAGUUUGAAUGUUUACAUUUCUGAUCGAAAUAAAAAGAUAAAAACACACACCAAGUCAUCUAAAAGGUAGACGCGUUAGCCAAAAAAGGAUUUGAACAAUUACGAUUUACAAACCAACUCAAAAGACCAAACAACCGCUGAAAAACAAAGCAAAUACCAAAGACACAGAAACACUUAUAACAGCUGCCAACAAAGUUCACACUGGUGACAAAAUGAAAAAACAUGUAACAACAGAAAGACUCAAAACAACUGCAAGGAGACACAAAACAACUGUACAACAACAACUACAAAGAAGCACAAAACAACUGAAUAAAAACAACAGAGAGAUACAAAACACCUAAACAACUACAAAUAAACACAAAACACCUGAACAAGAACUUUAAAGAGACACAAAACACCUGAACAACAACUACAAAUAAACAAAAAACACCUGAACAAGAACAACUACAAAUCAACACAAAACACCUGAACAAGAACUAUAAAGAGUGACUCAGAUGAAGGUUUUAAUGAUAAACAAAGACUGAACUUCACAUGAAAAAAAGCUAAAAAAAAUGAAAAUAAAAAAACACAACACAACUACAAAGAGACAUAAAAACUCUGUAGAGAUGCAUGGCAUUAUGAAGAGCCAAAACAACUGCAAGGAGAGAGAAUACCUCAACAAAGACACAAUACCUACGAAAUAGAAAUGCACUUCAACAAAGAGAAAAGAACUAAAAAGUGAACACAAGGCUAUCUCAAACAUAAAUUAAAUACCCACAGGCAUUUUCUUCUCAGUCUAAGUCUUUGUGUUUUUGUCAGAGGGUUUGGAGGAUUUUUAAGGGACACAUUGUUUCAUAACCUGGCUAUAUGUGCAGAGCCUUCACUCCUUUUCCUUUUUUUUUCACUUCAUUCACAGUUUGCAUUGCUUUCCCACUUUAAGACUAAAACACUGUAGAAAAACAACACUUGAGGUGUAAAAACUGACUGUCAAGGAUAAUCACCCUCUAACCCUGAGUUUUUAUCAAAUAAAUCUGAUUCUUUCUGGCCCGUCGGAGCUACAGAGCUAAACUAUGAUCUCACUUCCAUCCAUACUGAGGAUUUUUUAAUGAGCUUGUGUGUUUUUUUUUAUAUCAAACAAGUUUUUGGUUAAGAGUGGAAAGGCCAAAUAUCUUUUGUAGAAGUAUCAGUUUGUGUUUUCUAAAGAUCUUUCAGGUACAAAAGUAACUUUCACGGUUUAUUUCAAGGUCUUAAUUUUUUUCUUCGCAUCAGCCGGGCUCGAACUGCUUCAUGAAGAUAAACAAAGUUGUCUUUACCUGUGAAACAUUCCUCACGCUCUGCGCUCUGUUUGAGUUCACUUUGUGGUUAAAGCACUCAUAAUUUCCAGUGUUGUCUCUCUCCUCAUAGCCCUCACCUCAAGUUCAACAACCUGACCCUCAUCUCUACACAUGGUCUCCUCAGCAACCACGACGACAUCGGGUUUCUCUCCACAAGGUGAGGGACUGCAGCAACAAAAAGAAAAGCGUGUUUUACAUUGAAUAGACGUAUUAGACGUAUCAUAACAGUCCUCAAAGAACAUCCAACCUCUGUAGCUACUUUACAUUGAACAGGGAACUCAAGUCAUCACUCACAGCUGCAAAACACAACAUGAAGUAAAUGUAACCUGAAUGAUCCUGGGAUUAUAACGUGAAAAAUAUAUCAAGGACAUUUCAGUUAGUCUCUCCUGUUUCCAAAUGGCAAAAAUGUUAGUAAUAAGUUUUUUAAAAAUGAGUAAAAUUGAAUAUAUCGUGUAGGUAGAGGCAUUCACAACAAUCCUGACCACAUUACUUAAGUGGGCCUUGCUCAAUAACAUCGUUUUUGAUUGCAGUUAUGGGAAAUACCAACAAAAACCUUUCCUCAAAUGAAAAGUCAGCAGGAAUCAUCAGGAAAUACCAAAAUAAUCUGAUCAUAUCUUACUCUUUUUCGGACUCAUGCAGUCAUGCUUACAGCAGCAGAGACUCGGCCCAGCAGCCCUUCAAAUCCUGCAUCCAUGUGGUAACUGGGAAAAUGGUGGGCAUCAACAGGAAGUCCAAGUACGUCCUUGUUUCUGGUGGGAGGAAGGUUGCCUAUGAUCACCUGGUACUCUGUACAGGCCUGCAGUAUCAGGUAAGAUAAUUAGCUCUUCAAAUUAGCAUCUUAAAGCCUUUGUGCUUUUCGUUUAGUCUCUUUGCAAUGUAGAGAUUAUUGUUAGUCAUUUUUAAAGGUUUGCUCUGCAGUCAGCAGUAGAAUUCCUCAAUCUUGUCAAUUAUAUACUAUAGUAUGAUUUUGUACACUAGGUUACAAUACAAAACACCACAAUACUUCCACUAAAGAAAAGGGUGAAGAAAAGAGUAUUAAGUUGCUUUGUCACGGGCACAGGAGCAAAUUCCUGCAGAAAUGUUUUGAGAGCUGGCUGGUAAAAGUCUGAGUCAAGUCAGGAGAAAGAAUACCGUUGGUUGUGUUCAUAUAUGCCGCCCACCCUGAAAAUUUCAGCACAUUUGUAUGAGGUUCAUGCCUGAGCAAAAAGGGUUUGUGUUAUUUCAAUUAUCAAUGACCUCAUUUAUUUUUAAUCCCAGACUUUACUCAUUUUUAUCAAGGUUUAGGCCCUGAGUUGUUUUUCCUGUUUUAACAAGUUUGACAUCGUUUUCUGAAGUAUAAACACCAUCACUCCAAACUUCAGGUUCCCUGUCCUACUGGCGUGGAUCUGAACCAGCCCGUCUCAAACAGUCAGCUGCAAACUCACUGCAGAUACACCCAGCCAGUCCCCUCCAACCUCUUCACUCUCAAUGACCUCCAUGACUGCAGGGCUGCACGCCGCUGGAUCUCUGCCAACUUUGUGAAGCUGGAGGGUGAGUGGUUUGACGCUCAAACACACACUUAUACAGACACACACAUACACACACACACACAUACGCAGACAGAGAGCCUAAUACGAGUGUGUAGCAGUAUGUCAUUACUCAGCCAGUCAGCGCUGAAGUGCCCUGGUAUAAUUAGCAGCUAAUUAGCUGCAGAAAAAUCUUUCAUCUUUAUGAAUCAGGUCGGCCUCCUCCAUCCAUUUUCCAUUAUCAUAUCAGUCUGUGAGAGCUGCUCUGUUCAGAGCAGGAGAGCAUACACAGAGAGUCAUUAAACACAAUUAAUCUGCCCUCUGAAGGAAUCGAGUCUGCAUCCAGAGGGAGGCUCUUCUACAUGCUAAUUAGUUGAUCCCAGUCAUAAAAGAAAACCAUUAAUAAAUGCUAAUUUACUCCAGCAGAUACCAUGUUUAUUUCCAUAUUUUAAUAACCACGGCUAAAGAAUACAAAGUGAAUGUAAAUUUCAGUUUUAGACUAAAGGGACUGAGGCAGAAUAUAUUUGUCUUACCUCAUUACCAGCUCUCAGGAUGAUUUAUUUACAACAAAUCCCUUAAAGAACAUCACAGUCAGGUUAAGUCUCUUUCUUCCUGACACUGUGUCAAAGCUCAUUGGUUUACUGAGUGAUAACACACUUUAUAUUUUAGUUUUUUUAAGAUAGUGAUCAGGUAAAUACAAGUUUGAUCAAAGAAUUAGAGAGGAAUACUACUACUACGACUUAUCAGUUUUCUGUGCUCAUGAGGUAUCAUCAUUUAUGUCACACUUUGUAAACAACAGGCUGUCCAAAGUCCAAAUAUUUAGGCUAAAAAACAGAAACUUUACUGGAUAGAUUGUUGUACAAAGAAACCAUAAAGUAAAAAUCAGUACAAAGUAACGUUGGAGAAAACAGCAUUAGAAUCAAGUAUAGCAGGUGUUUGUGUUUAGUGAGUGGCUGUGUGAAUUUCACUGAUAAAGAAGAAGAAGAGGAGAGUUGUUGUGAGCAAAAGAGUAAGUAUCGAUAGAGGUUUUAAACAGUAAAACAAAACAAUUUGGAGAUCAGAAGGAUCAUGCAUCACAAGAGCUUUUUGUCCUUGAAACCUAUCAUCUCUUCAUUUCAAUGUAAAAUCUGAUCACUAGACUUUAGAAACACUCCGUUAAGUAAAGAGUUUUUCACUGAUUGGCCAGAGGGUGUAAAAACAUAAAUUUUGUCACAAUUUUCUGAUAGUUUAGAUGUUGUGUUUUUCGAGUUCAGAUCAAUGUUAUUGUUUUGCAAUAAAACCAAAUAACAACUUACCAGUAAUAGAAGGUAUCCUCAGAGGUCUAGUGUGGACUUUGCACCUUAACUUGACACACUAUUUGUACAGAGUUGGUGCAACAAUCCGCCAGUUCAUCUUCACUUUGGAAUCCCCCACCUCAGGUCCUUUAUUCAGUAUUAAUGUGAGUGCGCAGAUCAGGAGAGUGACGGAGAAUAGAAACACUGAAAAGAAGCCGUGUUUCUGCUGGUUCCUCUCAUUCAGCACCACGGACAGAGACACUCAGCAGCACCAUGCGCAAGCUGCUCAUGACCGUCACCAUCUUUAGUUGGUCUAUUCAAACUGCUGCGUAUGACAUGCAGACAAAGCCAAGAGUGAACCAUGGCCAUAUAUAAACUAACGAAAAAUGAAUAAUGACAAUUCGCAUUUGGUUUUAUCAACUAAGAGCAUCACUUGCAUUUAUUUUUUUCUACUUUAGUUGAAAAGAGAGUUUUCGUUUUUGUCCAACAUACCAUCAGCAUGAUGACCCUGCUGCUUCAGGGUCUGCCCCUUACAUUUCAUCUAAUCAGAAAGCCGAGGAGCUUUCAUUUUUAUUAUAUAGAAACCCGUAUGUCCUGUAAAAUACGAGGCGGUUUCUCUGAAGAGCAUACAUCAAAGAAAGGAUUUACUCUGCAGAAACUCUUCAGAUCUUCAGAUUUACAUUGUCUGAUUUCGGCUCCGUACAUCAGGCUUCAUGCUGCAGGAAUCUGAGGGCCUCUUAGAAAUGCUGCACACUGCUGCUGCUCCUCUUUCAAGGCUGUUUGGAAGUCUAUUGUUGAUUGGAAAUAGAAAUAAUUUGUCUCAUGACUGCUGAGAAAAUGAUGAGCCUCUUUUUUUCACAUCAGUGCUUUUCAGUCUGUAUCCACCUCCCCUGAAUCGUAGAGCUUGUUUUUUUAUUCUGAGUUUGUCAUAAUCAACUUAAAGCUGGGCUGACAAUAGCUGGAAAUAUUUUUCCAAAGUUCAGUUUAUUCUCCAGUGGAACAGUGGGGAGUAUUUCUCUACACACUGAGCUUUUGAAACACAAAACAGAUUUGACUCAUUUUGGACAAACCUGAAAACUCUCAGAUAAUAGUCGUUAAAGUGCCGCUAAUAUCUACCUCUUUGUGUCCCUCCAGAUAACGUCAUCAUCUACGGGAGCAGCGUUGAUGUCUUCACAACUGUAGAAAGUUUUCUUGGCCUUGGUGUUCAGGGACGUUUUAUCCAUCUUGUGCUUCUUCCUUUGAACCCGCGAGUCCCCAUCUUCAGUGACCCUGUGGUGAAGGAGGCUGUUUAUGCAACGUUGCAAAAGGCCGAAGUCCAGGUCCACCAUAACUGCCUGCUGGCUCAGAUGAACAACGGCGAGCAUCCUGAUCCUCUCACACGUGUGUCGUUCACCACGGACGCAGAGCCUCUCCAUCUGCAGUGUGGAGUAAGUUCAUGAUGCUUUUGAAAUAACUACCUCCUGAUUAGCUGUUGGUUUUUACAGACAGAAACAGUCUCCAAACAAUCGAGGGCUGCUGGCCAGGACUCUGGUGGAGCUGAAAAACUCACAAACAACGGGCUGAAUCCUCCGGCUUAUGGAUCCUGGUUUAGGAGUUAAUUUUCCUCCUGGAAGCAGACCCUGUUUGUCAAAUACAACAUUAUGUUGGUGUUUCUGUCCCAUUUUUAUUGUUUCAGGAUUCUGCUGGCUCCAUUUGUUCUGAAAUGAAGCAAAAAACACUCCAUGGAUGAUGCAUAAUUUUCGUUUUCUACUUCAUGCAUUGCUCACUGAGCCAAAUCCUGAUGGGUCAUCCAGGAUUCAACAUUAAAUGAACAUUUUAUGACACAAAAACUUAAGCAGUGUAUCUUUUAGGUCUCAAGGACAGGCAGUAUGAUUAAGAGGGAAAAUAUCACCCCUUCUUAUUGCCAGUUAAAUGCAUGAUAUAUACAGCCCUGCAAUGUCAUACUGUCAGUAUGAAUGAAGGCAUAUACAAAGAUGUCACAGAAGCAAUUCAGGAGCACUGUGAGCAGACAGGGCAAGUGUUUGUGUUACUUCUAAUCCGAUGCAGAUGAAGUUCUUAUUUAACAGAAAUUCAACAAAGAUAUCUUUCGCUGUUCUUCAUUUCUUCUCUUCAGGUGUUCAUUAAUCUGUCUAAUAAAGGAGUCGACUACGACGCCUUCAAAAGCAUCAACGACUCCUUCCUGGUCUUCGACAGCAGGCUUGUCAUAAACACCAAGUUUCAAACCAGAGAUCCAUCCAUCUCUGCUGCCGGGCCUCUCACCAAAUUCUCUCGCUGCUACCACUCAGACGAAUGGUCGCACGCCAACUUCAACUCCAAGGAGGUUGGCCAGGACUUGGCGGCCACGUUGCUGCCCCUCUUUGACCCAACGUUGGAGCCUGUAGAGCAGCAUCAGUCUGAGGACCGUCAUGUCCAUCUGUAUGAAGGAGCCAAGAUUCAAGGUCUGGUUUGAAUUUUGCAGAAACACACUUUUAACUCCUGCAUUUAAGGUUUCUGCUGCUGAACAUGCUGCAAACACACAUGUACAAACAGUAUCAUAUGUGCUUGUAUUAAUGGAUCAGUCCAUAUGGGGACUUGAAUCUAUGACCUCUUGGUUCCUGAGCCAAGUCCUGACGGAUUGAGCUUCUGUCAAACCAAAUAUUUAACAUUUCAUGGUGUUUUGAAGGUUUAUCAAAUAGAAAUUCCUCCACAUGCUUCGGCCGAGCUCAGUGAUCGAUGUGUUUUCAGCUCUGCCGUUGUACCUCCAUACUGUCGUCGGUGUCCUUCUGUCUGCAGAUGUUUUUGUCGGCUUUUAUCUGACAGGAUCUGCCAAUAUUUUUUCAUUACGCUUUCGUGGAACAUUUUGCAAUCUUUCCCCCGUCCUCUGAUGUUAUUGUGGUGGACACUCAAACCGCACCGAGGCAUAACAAUGCCGCAUUGUGCUGCCACGUAUUCAGAGAGUAACCAAGGCCACUCCACAGGUUACACGAACACAACAGCCACUCUGCUUCAUCCUCCUCUCACACACAUGAACUUUUCAGAGUGAGCAGAGCUGCCAUAUAACCGCCUGCUAUCUGAGUUCAUCACCUCGGCUCUGUUCCCUCUGUGCGAGGAUGUUAACACAGAGUAGCAUGUUAUGAGGCUGAUUUCACACUUUUUGUGCCUAUGUGUCUUUUUUUCUGAGCGCUGGAAUGAACCUUAUCUAAAAAAAAAUUUCCACUGGCGAAAGGUACAAUUUGAAACAUAAACAUGCUGGCUCCCAUGUUUGUUAAUAUUACAGUAUUAUUACAGUGGGGUUGUUUAGGUUACAUGUCAUUUGUAAGUGUUUCUGUCAAAAUCAUAGACUUUAUAUACACACCUGAUCAAAAUCUUAAGACCAGUUAAAAAAUUGCAAGAAUUUACAUUUAGCACUGUUGGACCUUAAGAUGGUUCUUAGUAGAGCUUAAAAAUGCAAAAAGAAGAAAUGGGAACAAGAGACCAAAAUCUUUGAGCAGACAAUUUAUUGAAAACAACAAGUUAACUGAAAUAGGCUGGUCAUCAGCUGAUCAAAAGUUUAAGACCACAGCCUUUAAAAGCCCAAAUCUGUGUUAAAAUUUGGAUUCCAUGUCAUUUCUUUCAAGCAAUAUUGUUUUUUGUUGAUUAUUUAUUGCACUGAAAUGUGCCUGACACUGUGGAAACUGCCGGUGAGGCAUCGGUGACGUCGCCGCACUACGCCGCCGGUCUUCCAAAAUACCACUCGACCAGCUGUGCUCCGCCUGUGCAAGUAUCUGAGUCAGCACAUACAUUUAGAUCUAUAUAGAUAUAUUCUGAUCUAUAUCUUAACUGAUAAGCACCUUUAGCAUGCAUUUGGACACUUGACCUGACCGAAUUAACACAGCUGAAACCGCAUUAAAUUAAAUAUCCAGUAAACAGUCACACAUGAUGAAGUUAACAAGAUAUUUAAUUCGUCUCCCCCUUUUUCUGUAUUCCUCGUCUUCCUUGUGCAGCUCGACUCGGACAUGUCUUUGUGUCCUCUCCCCGUCCUGCUGUUGCUGCGGCGGCUGACCAGACGAUUUAUUUUAUUGAUCAGAUGAGUUGUUUACGUAAAAAAAUAAAAGAAACUUUCAUUCAAAAUUACCUGUUUAUCUAAUGUUCUUGCAGUCUUAAAAUUCUGUAAAUAUUCAAUCCACAGUUAAGCUCACAUACGAAUAUUAUAAUAUUCAGUUUUGUGAGCCAAGUUCAUUUUAUACACGAACAUCAAUGAAAGAAAGAGCCAGGCCACAGAGCGCGAUGCGUCCUUUACGCACAGAUUGUUCCAAUUUUAAUGCCAUUAUUGGAAUUUGUUUAUGUUGUGAUCUCUGCGCGCAACCCACCUUUGUCAUGUGAGGUUUAAAUAUAUACAACUUGAUGUGAUUGUCUUUAUUUGUUGACAAGAGUGUUUGUCUUACCAGUGGGUAUAACCUGACACACACCAAAUCCCUCUGUGCUUAUUUGAAAGAGUGUCAAGGACGCCCUCCGCAGCGCUUACAGCUGCCUUCUGUCGCCAUCCUGUGGCGUUGCUGUCUUCAGGGGGGGAGAAAAAUUUAUAUUACGUGUAAAAAAUUUCUAAAGUUUGUCCACAGCUCCAUAAGGAUUGCUGGCGGAGGCGGGACUUAUGACCUAUACCGCAGCCAGUCACUAGGGUGUGCUGUUCUAAGAGUAGCUUCACCCAGCGAGGAGGCAGACUCUGUCCAUUCUAUAUACAGUCUAUGGUCACAAUGGAUGGCAGUCAGCACCACCCCUAUAAUGAGAAACUGCUGAGAGAACCUGUACGCAAGUUAGGCUAGAGUUUUCUGCAGAUGGGGCGACUCUGCAAUGCAGUUUAGCUAAUUUAGAAACUCUGACCAAGUCAUUUCUGUUGACGUGUAUUUUUAAGUUCAAGUUUCAUGUCGAUUUCUGCAGUACACAGGAUUUGAAAGAGAUGUUUCUUUCCAACCCACAGUGCAAAAAUAAAGAGAAUAAUUUAAAAAACAUACAAAAUAGUACAAUAGAGAGUAAUAUGAGGGGGUAGAGAGGGGAGAGAGUUCAGCUUUCUGACAGCCUGGUGGGUGAAGCUGUUCAUUAGUCAUGUAGAGCUGGCCCAGAGGCUCCGGUACCUUCUCUCAGAAGGCAGGAGGCUGAACAGGCUAUGCAAGGGGAGGCUGGAGUCCCUCACAGUGCUAACUGCCCUGCGGGUGAGGCGGGUGUGUAUGCAUUAAUAUCAAAUAUUUCAGCAUUAUACUGUGACAUCAGGAAGCCUGUUUGUUUUUCACACUAUUCGCAGACACGCUGUGUUCUUCACAAAGAUAUCCUGUAGUCCAUGAGUCAUUAUGCUGUAGAAAAAACACUGUUCAGUACAGAAACAGACUCUGGUUGCUGAUGGUGGACUUGACCCCAUCUGCAGUAAACUGUAGCCUAGCUUACAGUUUCAUAUAAAAUGGGCCGAACUGACCAACACCAUCAACAGCAAUUAUAAUUUUACAAAAAAUCUGACAUUUUAUUUGACCCCACAGUUUUCUCUUUUUUUUUUUACAAUUAAGAUGAAGACUUUGGCACUAAGGAUAAUCAAACAUCACUCCCACACCCUUUAUUUAACCUGUAUUGUCCCCUUCUCUCAGGUGGGAAGCUACCUGGUGGAUUUAACUACCUGCAUGUUUCCAAACCGUCAGCUACCAUUCUUCCCGACGCUCCCCUUAAACAUGUAAGCUUUCUGCUCACCGGUCUGUGAGUGGUUAUUUCUCUUUGAAAAGUGGAAUACUUGGCUGUGUUUUGAGAUUUGUGCACAUGCGUAUACAGUUUCAACUUUUCUUACUAACUUGUGCGUUUAUCCAUCAAAGUUACAGGAUAGAGGAAUUGCAACCGGACAAGCAGACACAGGAAACUAUUUCUGUAUUCACCUGGACAGCUUUGAGAUGGUGGAGUCACUCACCUGUUUGUCCCUGAAGCCCCUCCCUGUCUCCAAUUACCUGAGUCUGUAUGGGAAACACCAGCAGCUGUUGGGCCAGCUGUCCACCUUCUACUACAAGGGUCUGAUCCCUGACCUGUACAGGUGAGACAAAAACACUUCAGGGAAAUUCUGUGUUUUUUUAUUUUGCUUCUUUGAAUUUGAACACUUUAAUGGUCAAAGAUGGUAUAGGUACAAGUUGUAUGUUUAAUCUGCAUCCAGUGGUAAAAGUGAGACCUGAUCAAGAUUGGUCAUUUGAGAUGUGAGUCUUUCUCAUGUCCAUGCAGGGACAUGAAUUACCAGGUUUCUCUUUGUGCAUGUAAACGCUACAGUUUAUCCCUGUAUGAUCAAAACCAAGAUCAGGAUCAUGACUGGGGUACUUAAGUGUAUGGAAACACUAUCACUCACACAAAAUAAAGCCUUAGGUAAAUCACACUCUAAAAACCCCUCGAUUGAAAACAACCCAGCUUGUGUUGAAAAGGGACAGACUACUUAUUGGGUUGUCCAUGUUGAUUCUCAUUCAUCCAGGUUAUGGUUUUCUUGAAGACUCCAAAAUCAGGCAACUGGACUGUUCUCAACUCUACACAGUCCAGUUGCCUGAUUUUGGAGUCUUCAAGAAUACUUAUUGCGUUAUUUUGACCCAGAAUGUUGGGUUAUUCAAAUUAACCCAAAUUUUGGGUUGACUCGAUAACUCUUUUGAAGGGUCAAGUUAUCCUAAGCUUUCAGUUAAUUUGACUCAUUAUCUUGGGUUAAAUUGAAACAUGCAUUGGGGAUUUGGGGAGCUUUUUUGGGAGCUUUGCUUUUACAACCUGUACCGUCUGAGCCGGUAUGGCUUUCAGUGGUACACACGCAUGUUUAUGAGGUAGGCCAUAGUGGCAAGGGUCUUAUCUAAGGACCCACAUGGGUAGAUGUGCUUCGUCUCUUAAAGAUGUGUCUCACGCGGGAUGCGAACCACAACACCCCGACUGGGAAUUGGAUGCUCUACCCGCUGAGCUACCCCAGCCACCCAAUACAUAUUGGUCACCAGGUCACUUUAAUUGCCAUUAGAAACCAUGUAGAGCCAUUCAAACCCAACAUUAUGACCAAAUUUUUGAGUUACUCUGAGAAAAAUAAUCCAUUAUUAUUAACCCAUUAAAAUAACCCUCAAAUUGGGUUACAAUAGAAUCCAUAUGACCCAAGAAAUGGGUAUGGAUCUGCAAAAUAACCCAGUAAUUUAACUCAACACAUAAAACCCAGGGAUUGGGUUGAAGAAAUAACCCAAGAGUUUUUAGAGUGUGGAGUAACCAGCAAUUAAAUGGUAGUAAUCAUCAUAGCAAAUAUAAAACCCCUGCUAGCUACAUUAACCUGGUUAUGCAAGAUAAUCAUGUACAAUAAGAGCUUUAAUUAUCUAUUCAUCCCUCAUUUUUUAUACUUCAUUCAAGUCCAGUCCUUUAGUGCACCUAAAUGUUGUUUAAGGUUUUGUCCAUUGACGACAAGGAACCUCAACUUAUCAAAUUUUCAAAUUCAAGUGAUAAAACAGUAAAAAAAAACGUGGCUUAAAACUUGUUUUAUUGUCUUUGUAAAGUGAAUUAUGUGUUUUAAGAACAACAUGAAAAAGUUUCACUUGGAAGGAGAAAAACUCAAUCCUCUGACUUUUGUGUCCAAAAUGUUGUUGAUGUUUUUGGACGCCAUGUGCGUGUUGAAAUCUGUUGUUUGAAAAGCUGCUUGAAAAACACAACAUGCAGCCUCAUUUUUACAGGUUUUUUUCCACAUCAUUUCUUGCAGGAAUCUUUUAUAAUACUCGAACGGUGGAGGAAAACAAACACCAAAACAAACAGCUGAUAGGACAAAAGUCUUUAGAAAAUGGAGCGUUGUGAGCUACAUGAUGUCUGCUUUUAGUUUGUUGUCAACAAACAAUCAUCUUUACCAAAUCUGUCUUUUCCUCUCUGUUGGUAGGAUGAACUUCCAGAGAAAUGUUUUUGUGAUUUUGGAGAUAAAGAAAUCUGCAGGUGGUCAGUUUUCAAAAAUGACUGUUUUUAACCAAAUUUUGUGUAAAGAAGAGACACUUCCUGUGUUUUGAAUCCACUUCGAGUUUGAAAGGUAACAGUUUUCAGAAAUCUGAAAGUUUCCCAUCAUGCAUCUGCUGAUUGAUGACCUCACACGUCAAAAUGAGACAGAAGUCUGAGCAGGCGAGAGAUUUAGGCCGUCACUCUUUGUCCUCGUUCCGUCUGCGUGUUUGCAGCUCUGACUUUGCAGCGUGUGUGUGUGUGUGUGUUUUUCUGUGUGUGUGUGUGUGUCAAACAGCGGGUGACCUGCUUCUGAGGUUUCAACACAAAUGACCCUCAGAUAUGGACGUCUAUUGUCCCCCGCCUCCUAAUCUGUUUAUGCAGCUCCCCAAUCUGUCUCUGUGGAUGGUCAGGACAAAGCUGGAGCCUCAGUGCUGCAGAGACGGGUUCCUCGUCACGCCGCUCACUCAGCUGACUCGUAAAGUCAUUGUGGAGGCUGACGGAGCGUCCUGAGCCGUUAAAGUAAUUGAUUGACCGUGUGGUGGUGGGGAGUGGGGGUUCAGUGUGUGUGUAUGUGUGUGUAUGUGUGUUUGGUUCCUUUAAGAAUUUGCUGUACAAAUCCCAUCUACAGAGGUUCCUACUUUCCCUGCAGAACAGAGGAUGCUUUUUCAGACUCAAAAAAUACAAGUUACAAUAAAAGUACAACAGUAAGAAUGAAAAGUGUCAAAAUAAAAGAGAGAAGAACCUGAUUUGUCAUGGCCCAACUUUUAGACAGUUUCAGCUUCUCAGUAUACAGACUUUAUGUAGUUAGGUCCAGCAGGGUGGACCUGGGGGUUGUGUCCUCUGAAAGGUCACCUGAUAAAUCUGAGGAGGUCCUGAGAGAAUCCAUGAGCAUGAACCUGUGGAGGGCACCAAAGUGAAAAUAAAUAUCUGUGUUUCUACAGUUUCUUCAGACAGAGCUGGUGUUUGGCUAUUUACCACGACCGAUUCUCCGACUUUGAGCAGGAGCUCCUGCAGAUCACCUCGGCAAAAGUACGCACCUUCAUUUUUACUCAUCAAAGCAACAGGUUUGAUUGUGAUGUCUGAGUGUAUUUCCUGAAUUUCUGCCUGUGUGUCGCUGCAGGAUGAAGAGUCGAGGCAGGAUGAAGACGACAGUAACGUCCCUCCUCCUCAGGAAAGAUUUAAGGACGCUGAGAGUCGAGCAGCUUUGAGGAGCAGCGCUGUCAAAUAUCUGAGCUACAACCGCAACCUGCUGCCGAUGUUCGCCUGCCCGGGACAGCUGUGACAUCAGAGGUGACAUCAUCAAGUAUGUGAAAACCAGAUUAAACUGUGAAACUGAAAGCGGGUCCAUCAAAACUGAGUGUCUGUCUUCGUUGAGUUCAAUAACUAAAUGUUUUAUGUCUCGCAAACAAAUUCAGAAUAUCUAUUUACUAUUGAUCAAUUAAUGAUAGACUGUUAAUUCAUAUGGCACAAAGUCAAGGGUACAUUUCAGAGGAUGCUCUCCAUAAUAAUUAAAAUAGAUGGUCCUUUUUCUGUGUGAUUUCAUCCAGGAAACCUUGAGGUUGGCUCUCAAUGACUGGCUGUGACAAUUUCAUAUUUCUAAUAUGUAAACAAGUUAGACAUCAGGUUUGUAGUGAAGGACAUCUCAGACCAUCUCUGCGCAGUUUGCUUCAGUUUUUCAUUUUAAGAUAGUACAUCACUGCAAACUGUGGAGUUCAUUUAUUCAGUUUUCAAUUCAUAAGCAUAUUUAAUAUUUAUAAUAACAAUGAUAAGUAAUACUAAAGGAAUGGUCCAUAAUGGGUUACGGUGCUGUAUCUGAGCAUAUGGCAUCAUCCAAUUAGAGAAACUUAAUAAGAUGAACGGGAUAACCAGGUGGAGCACCAGCCACGGCUUACGAGAACAGUAUUGAUCGACUUUUUUAAUUGUGAAAAUUUGACAAAUGGAGGAUCAAACUUACAAAGCAUGCAUCACGGGAGGUUCUUGUCUUCAUAGUCAGUUAAAAAAAGGAAGCAUGUCAACCUAUGUCUGACCGCUUGAUAUCUCAAAAUAUUCUCAUUUCUACACACUGAACCUUAAGUACAGCAACAGAGUACUUUUAAAGGAACAGUACACAGCUUUUACACACGAACAUGUUAUUAGAGUACUUCAUAUUCAAAGUAACAGAUUUACAGUCUCUCAUCUACAGUUUUUAAAUGUGCGGCUAGCAUUUAAACUGAGAUUAGUGGUUUUUUUUCAGUUUCAAGAUUUGUUGUUUGUUUGUGCGCUUUUUUAAUAAAAACACAGGUUGUCAAUGAUUUAAAAACCACCAAACUUUGUUUUUUAACAGCUCCCAAAACUAAACUUCAUAUUCAUGCUGCACUUCUGUGGGCAAAGCACAAACUUCUGCUCUUCAUAUCAAUCACAAAUCAGGGAAAUCCCCAGAACUAGGGCCACUUUACAGCCUGUUUACUCUGACUGAAUAUGGUCUCUUUGUACUGAAGAUCCAUCCUCACUCCAAUUAAAAUGAAAUAUUGAUCAUUCAUUACGAGCACAAUAAAAAUUUAAUUGAGUUUAUUGUGUUUUUACAUGCGCAGACAUCCUCUCUAUAAUGUGCCAACUGUAACUGAGUCUGAACUCUCCCCUCAGUGACUCUGCAGCAGCGUGACCAAUCACAGGGCUCACAGCGGCUGGAGAUGAAAGCUCAGAGAGGAGGGGGGAGGAAGGAGGAGGGGGAGGGUGUCACUAUACAGCUGUAUGUUAAUGAGGCCGAGCUGAGGCCUGUCAGGAAAAUAACCGCACUCACAACAACAUAUGUCUGCACCUACAAACAGCCAACAGGCUGACACACACACACACACACACACACACACACACACACGAACACACGUCCCGCUGGUGUCUGAGUGUAAAGUCAGAUAAUAUUGGAUUCCUGAUUGGUCGGAUUUUAAAGGUUAUUAAUUUAAGACUGUAAAUGAGCCUUAGCUCUAAACCCAAACUCUGAUUUAUCCCAAAGACUUUUAGAUCUGAAAUAAACUGAAACUUAAAGCUGAGAUCAACAAUCAUUUAAUCAACAAGUCUUAGUUAAUAUCAUAGGAGCUGAUUGUCUUUAUUCAUCUCACUGCUGGAAGUCAAUGCUGUGUUUUUUUGUGUUUUGUGAACAUUUUCCUUUCCCCCUGUGAAUCAAUAAUGCGCUUCAUACCUGUAUAUGUACAGGAUCUGUGAAAGAAAAUUUCCCAGAAGGGACAAGAAACUAAUUAAAAACAUUUGAUAGCUAGUAUCUGUGACAGUGUUCUCCAGUAUAAGUGAGGGAUAGGCUGUAACUUAUUUGCACCUCCUGGUCUUUAAUCCUGCUAUAAUGUUCUCAGAUUCUAUUUUAUGAGUAAUAAGAUGUUUUAAUUAGGAUGUUACUUGUUGGUUUGACCCCAUUAAUACAAGUUUGGCCAAUUUCUUAAACUAAAAACAGAAAUUACAGCUACCAUUGAAACAUGUAAUUAGAUAAACGUUUGCAUAAAUGUAGGUCUUCAACAGAGAAUGAAACCAGCACAAAUAAAGACAAAAAAAAAUUGUUUAACAUAAGUUACCAGGCGAGCGUAGACUAAGACGUUACAGUAAGUCCUCACAGACCUGCUUCAGUUUCAGCUUUUUCUUUUCAUUACAGUUAAAAACCUGAAAUUCUGUCUGUUCCUUCAUUUCAGUAAUGAGUGUCUGACAGUAAUUAACCUUUCACUAAGAUUUAGUCAGUGCAGUUUAUUCAUACGGCACGUCUCACCGACUGAAGUCACAAAGUGCUUUUUCUUCAUUUUGCUCCUAAACAGUUUCCUCUCUCUUCUCCUCGACUUCUGAUUCCACUUUUUUAAUCCUUCAAUUUUCACAGAAAUCCUAAAAAAAAUUCCUCUCACACCAAGAUUAAUCCAGCCUCUUCAAGCCUCCUUAUUUUGGCACUUUUUAUAAAUGUGUGACAUAGAAGGUUGUCGUUUAAUAAUGAAGGAAUAUCACAUUUGAUAAAAUGUUAUUCAGAAAUAAGCCUGUUUGGGGCCAGAAACAGGUUGAAUUACAAUUGAAAUGAAUCAUUAAUUUAAUAUGUAAAAUAGAAUCACAACCAUCCCCAACCCCCAAAAAUAAAUUGAUAGCAGCCUUCAUUUAAAAUAUUAUUGGGACACUCACAGAGAUGACCAAAAGAUGAAAAACACAAAUCAAAUAACAAAAACCAGACUCAGUGAGGGCCUUUAAAUUACAAACAGAGCAAAAAUACUCCAUCAAAAAGUCUAAAUUUUACUUAUGUUAAAUAAUUGAAAUGGUAAAAACCGAAGCACUUGAGUUACACAAUUACAAACAGGGUUUAGGUUUCAAAUAAAACAUCCCCUGACUUGAAGAAGCUGCUGUAACUUCUUCCUGGAGUCCAGACAAAAUCAAGAUUUUUUUCAGUUUAGACAAAAUGCUGCAUGUUUGAGGAAUAUCUCUAAUAAACCUUGUCAAAGAAAUACAAAGUUCUUCCUCGUUUCAGUUUGGAGGUCAUUUAAAUUAUUUUGUAAUUAAGCGUACACUUCUUUACUGAUAAAGCAGUUUUAAAAACAUCUAAGUUUCAACUAAUGGAUAAAAUAGUCAUGUGUUGUUGUUCUGCUCAAAGUUUGAACAAUAAAAGUUUCAUCAGUUUGUCAGAUAUAUGAGGUUAUAACAUCUGAAACCUGCAGACACUCUCCUCCUCAGUCCGGACAGACUCACCUCCUGCUGACCCGGGUCAGCUGUGACCUGCAGGAUUUGGGUUUUUCUGUGUUUUGAACCCGCAGAUAAUCUCGGUUUGCCCCAUUUGGAGACUCAGAAAAAGGCGCUCUGAUUACGCACAGCACGCGCCGACGGUAUCUGGGGGCCAGAUUGCUUUUUAGGGGCCCCCACUUCUUCUUCUUCCCCCCCUUUUUUUUCAACUGUGCAAUUUCCUUUUCAAUCACGGCGGCUCUACAGCUUGCACAAGCGCGGCCAUUGUGAUGCAAAGCAGGAAGCCCUCCUCUCGCUAUUAAUUAUGUAUGCGCGAAAUGACGGAUUCAUAUGUCCGGAGUUAACUGUCACGCCAGCGCACAUGCUGCUCGGCCUCAGAGGUUGGAGAUGUUACUGUUAUUUCAACUGUUUGUUUAUAUUGAAUGCUGGAGAUUGGCGCGUUGGAGCCCAUUGUUCCGUGCGUAAAAACGACUUUUAGUUCAAAAUUUCUUGUCUUAUUUUUUGUCAUAGAAGCCUUUUAAUGUUUAGAGUUUAAAAUCUGCCAUGAAGAAGUUAAAUUAGGAGUAAAAUAAAGGAUUUAAGCUGCUUCUCUGCCAGUUUUCUCAAUAACUGGAUCUAAUUUUCAUCCAUUCGCUGUUGCAUUUCAUUUUUCAUUUUUCAUCUUUUAACUUUAAACUUUUCCUCCUCGUUAUUUUUCCCUGAUAACUUUUCCUCCACGGAUGUUUCCUUUGGACAAAUCACUGCCCCCUCCAUCCAAAGGAGACAUAAAGCCGAGGCACGUGUAGAUUUCUAUACAAACUCAUCAGACCGUAAAAGCAGGAGGCUCCUGGCGUGUGCCCGGGUCGAGACGAGGGGGGGUGAGGGGGAGAGUGUGUGUGUGUGUGUGUGUGUGUGUGUGUGUGUGAGUGAGUAAGGGAGGGUGAAAUACAAUAAAACCCUCAGGUACAUCUGCUUUGCAAUCUGCAAAUCCCCCCCUCCAACCUCCUCCUCCUCCCCUCCAUCAGCCUCUCCAUCCUCCCACACCCUCUCCCCAAAUCCACCAGGGACCUGAGCAGCCUCUGAUUGGUUAGAGAUGAGGCAACAAGGGGGGACGGGAACAAUGUCAUCAUGUCGCCUUAAAAAGAGUGCAGCUAUGUGGUGGUGAAAGCAGAACAGAGGAGAAGAAAAGCGGAUCAGCAGCAGAAAGGAAAACCACAACAAAAGACGCUUCAGAUGUUUGUGAGCGCGCGCGGCUGAACGUGGAUUCCUCCUCCUCCAAAGUGCCUUCAGCUUUCCGUCCAGCGCGAACAUGCCGAGAGGAUUUUUGGUGAAAAGGAACAAGAAAACCAACCCGGUGUCCUACCGGGUCCGCUCAGAGGAGGAGGACGCGGAGCCAACAGCGGCUGAUGCGCUCCCGCCCUCUUCUGCCGUGCCUCUCUCCUACGGUCCGGUGCGCGCACAGACGCCGACGCCCACCUGCGGGGCGGCGGCUCCGGAGCAGGACGCCAAACCGGUGCAGUUUGGAAACCCGGAGGCGGUGUACCAAGCACUCUACAGCCCCACCCGCCCCGUCAGCCAGGACCAUGACCGCUCCUACUUCGAGAGGCGCUUCAACCUCGGUUCACCGGUCACCGCGGAGUCCUUCCCCACACCAGCAGCGCUCACCGCUUUGGAUCACCUCUACGCCCCCGUGGACCUGAAGAUCGGCUCCAGCAACAGCAACCGCACCGGCACCACCAGCAGCACCGCCUCUUCAUCCAUUGGAACGCUCCCUACAGCCGGGACCAAACGGCCCUCCAGCGACUCGGAGCGCAAAGGCAAACCCGCGUCCAAGAAAACCAAAGCUAUCCGGAAACUGCACUUUGAGGAUGAUGUCACCACGUCCCCGGUGCUCGGGCUCAAAAUCAAAGAGGCGCCGGUGGAGCAGAAGGCGGUGAGGGCGCAGCCGGCCGGGGGAGACAACAACCACCCUCUGGGGGAGUUUGUGUGCCAGCUGUGCCGGGAGGCGUACGCAGAUCCCUUUGCUCUGGCGCAGCACAAGUGCUCGAGGAUAGUGCGGGUCGAGUACAGGUGUCCCGAGUGUGACAAGGUGUUCAGCUGCCCGGCUAACCUGGCGUCUCACCGGCGGUGGCACAAACCGAAGCAGCAGAGCAGCUCCUCCGGGGCGCAGCAUUUGGAGAGCGAGAAGGCUGCGGGGUCCGUGAAGACAGCGGACGAAGCGAAGGAUUGUAGUGACAGGGACACACCCAGCCCGGGACCGUCCGAGUCCGGCUCAGAGGAGGGGCUGUAUGAUUGUACCCACUGUGGGAAAAAGUUUAAGCGUCAAGCGUACCUGCGGAAGCACCUGGCUUCUCAACACGGCUCUCCAAAGCAGCCCGUGGAGGACGAGGACGCGCCGGGCUGCGAGCAGAGCGCGGCGCCGCUCAACCUGAGCGCCUCCACCUGCCACCUGUGCCCGGUCUGCGGGGAGAAUUUCUCCAACAGAGGCAGCCAGGAGCGACACAUCCGCCUGCUGCACUCCUCGCAGGUCUACCCUUGCAAAUACUGCCCCGCCAUCUUUUACAGCUCCCCGGGACUCACCAGACACAUCAACAAAUGCCACCCAUCCGAGAACCGGCAGGUGAUCCUGCUGCAGAUGCCGCUCCGUCCGGCGUGCUGAUCCGGGACUAUGGGCUCCAUUUACACCUUCAGUAAGCAAGGCAGCAGAGUCCAGACUGAAUUUAGGGUUACACUGCAAAAACACCGGACUACUGAUGACAUUUGUAAAGGUUUUAGCUCAAGUUUACACUCUUUUUUAAAUGAGGUGAAAAAUAUAAGAUAGAAUCUGUUACUCUGACUGUACUCCUCAACUCUGGUGAAGAAUCAUAAAAUUAUCCCAGCAGUUGUUGUUUUAAGAUUGAAGACUCUAAACUCCAAUUCAACAGUGUUGGAGCAUUUGCACAAAGUGCACAAAGUUAACAAAGGAUAAACUCUAUUUUUUUGGCACAUUUUGCUACUAAUUGAAGUCAAGAGAUAAAAAAAAGCAGAGCUUGGAAAAUGACUGCUCAUUGAUUGGAAUAUUAUCAGAGAACAUUAAAACCAAGACUAGCUUUUGUGCUCUAAGAUGACCUGUACAAAUGUUUUUGCAGUGUAAUUCCUCCCGAAAACACAGAUGACUCAUGCAUUAACCCUCAAAGUCAGAGGUCAGCCCCUUCACCUGCAGCUGCAGUGCUUUUCUUGUAGACACUCCAGCAGGCCCUCUGAUGACCUUUCACCCCUCCUUUAAAUCCUCUCUGACAUCAUGUUUUGGACACUUAGACUGUUAAUUUAUUUUUCUAGCAUCUCUGCACAAGUGCUAUUAGCUUCUAGACCUAAGAGAGGGGGCGGCCUGCAGCAGGUGAACCCACCUGGCAGGCCUGAGAGGAGCGAGUAUCUCAUCACUCUGAUUAGCUUUAAACUAGCUGGUGGAUCUGUGGAUCGGUAGCUGUUCUGAAAACAGAGUAAAAUAAAAACUAGUGUAGCCGGUAAUGCCUUUGGAUUAGAAACUCCUGCUGUAAAACUGCCUUAAACUCACUGAUUGUUCUUAUUUAUCACAGGCUGGGUUCAUUAUUAUUAUUAUUAUUAUUAUUAUUGUUUUCUACAAAGCCUUCUGUAUUACCACUUUACAGUAUAUUCUGCUCUUUUAUUUAUUUAUGUAUUUAUUAAAUUAUUUGUGUAAAUUAUUGCUCUGUGUGCUCUCAGUGAUCUGUUGCUGUUUUUUUUCACAUGUAGCCAAAUUUUAUUUCCUUUUAAUUUAUAUAAAAACGUCUGGAUAUGAAUGUGUGCGAGAGGACGGCGUGUUAAAGUGACUUCAUAGCAAUCGAUGAGUUUUAUCAGCCGCUCUUGAAUAAUAAAAACUGAAUGCAAUCAUGGUUUUGUUUCAUUUUUUUGUAUUUAUUUUGUUUCUGAUUUUUGUAACUGUUAGCUCUUAUACUGCUUUGGAUGUUUCUGCAGUAUUUUGCUAAAUGUCCAAAUAUAAUAAACCAAACUGAGAAACACUUUUUACGUUGUCCUGAUUUUGUCUUCUAGAUGAUUUCAGCUUUAUGUUCAAACAGAGUUAGUUUAACAGCUUGACUUGUGCAAAAAAAAGGCUAAGAUCACAUAAACUAGGACUUCAUCCAAAAGUUUAGAUAUAAACCUCCCUAGCCCACCCCCAAACAAACUACGAAAAGAUGAUAAAACUUCAAGCUGGAGAUAAACACCCAAAAAAAAAAUCCAACUCCACAUUACUAAUGUGGAGUUGGAUUUGUUUUAGGGGCUAAAAUAAUUUCUCUUUUUAGAAAAGAAAUGAAGUGUCAAAAACAAGUUCCCAUGUACAACCGAAAUCUAAUAAGAGAUACUGUUUAAAACACUGAUAAAACAGAUUUCAACAGUUUGUAUUGUACUUAAAAAGCCCAUGUUCGAUUGAAAAUAGGGCCAAUACAACUGAUCAAAUGUUGAAAGUGAAAGAUUUAGUUGUUCUAUCUCCUCGUUUUAAAUUAGAUGUCAGCAACAUGUUUCUAAAAAGUUCUUAGAGAAACAACCAAACAGGUAAAAGGUUGUGUAAUGUUAGAUAAACAUUUCCAAUUAAUGUGGUUAAUGUCCAGGUUAGGUUAGCGGUUAGAAACAUGACUGGGUAUAAAAAGGACAUUCAGAGAGGUUGAGUCUUUCAGAAGGAAAGAUGGGAAGAGAUUUACCACUUUGUGAGAGACUGCGUGAGCUAACAAUUUCAGAAUAAGAAUGAGUGGAUUUCAUCAUCUACAUUAGAAAUCAUUAAAAGAUUGAGAGAAUCUGGAGAAAUCUCUGUACAUAGGGGACAAGGACCAAAACCACGACUGGAUGGUUCUAAUCUUCAGCCCCUCAGGCAGCACUGCAUUAAAAACAGACAGGACUCUGGAGUGGAAAUCACUGCAUUGACUCAAAAUCAACACAGAUCAUCACUGCAUCCACAAAUGAGGUUAGAACUGAACCAAUGCAAAGAGAAAACCAGGUAGAUACAGGAUCCUGUUCUUUAGUCUGUAAAACCAAAAUUUGACAUUCUUCUUGGAAACCAUGGAUGCUGUUUGUAACUGAAUAUAAAGAUCAUCCAAAAAAGCCAGAGACCUCUUAGAGCCCAUUGAAGAUGGACUGAGGAGAAGAAGAAACUGUCCUUUAGACUGUCAAAAUAAAAAUUUGACAUUCUUUUUGGAAAUCACAGAUAACCGUAACACACAGACUAACAGCUGGAAAAGUUGAGUGUGACCAUGAGCAGAUUUUAUCUUGGCCAACCUUUGCUCUAGUAAACCCUGCUUUAGCCAAAGAGGUCACUCUCUACGAUAACUCAAAAACCAUAUCUAAGUAUCUUGAAAGCCGUUGUGUUGAUGUUGUACAUGCCUACAUCUAGGGUGUAUCAUAGUGCAAUAGGGAGAGGGGGGGUAAUUUUUUACAAAUGGAAACUAUGCAAUGGAAAUAUAGACAGCCAGUGUCUGUAUUUCCAUGGCAUACAGAUUAACAUGAUAAAGACUUAAAGAUGAACAGAUAAAGUUUGGUUUCCACCAUCUACUGUAAAUAUUUGCUUAACAGGACAACGCUCGUGUCCACGCUGUUAGAAUGAACAGAACUACUUUUACAUAAUUUCUUAAUCUGAUAGAAAAUUCAUCGCCGGCUUCUCCUGCAGUCUCUGAUGCUUUUUGGUCUCCUACAAUAAUGCAGAUACUGUCCACUGUCUUUAACAGGGGUCAGAGGUCAGGUCAGGAGUCAGCUGCAGGUCAACACUCAACAGAACAUUUCUGCAUCUGAAAGACAUUCCUGCAGUCUUUCUUCCCUUUGUCCCGCUGCUCUUUCAGCCUUUACAAACACUGAUAUACUGCCGACAGCAGCACAGAGGUCACCCUCUCUGUAGCGCCUUUACAGUAGGACCGCAUUUCUUCACUGGCUUUGUUGAAGGGAUUCAAACCGGGUUAUGACUUCCGAUCAAAACCAUUUCGCUGAUCAUUUUAGUGAAGAAAGAUCACUGAGAAGAAAAGCCUGUUGGAAUGCAGGUAUCACUAACAAUCACUCUCUAUCUAAACUCUUACUCAGUGUACUUCUACAUUUUUCAAGCUUAGAUAUUUCAGUUUUGUGGCAGGACGAUGUUAAAUAUGUCAAACAACCAAUUCCCCCAAAUGUGCUGUUAUACACAUGUAUUGUGUUUGUAGCUGUUAAAUUGGCAACUAAAAUGUGUUUAGUAUCAUGAGGGAAAAUGUGACAAAUGUAAUGGGGCGUUCACACCAAGCACGAGUAUAGAUGCAGGAAUGAUUAAUAUUUACUUGCUUCAUUCACCUCAGCGGUAAUCCCUGCCAAUUAGGCCUGUCACGAUAACAAAUUUUGCUGGACGAUAAUUGUGCUACAAAUUAUUGCCGAUAAACGAUAUUAUUGACACCGUUUUUCAAAUUAUAGAUAAUGAUAUUAAAUGGCAUAAUAAUGCGAGUACACCCUGUCAAAAGUGAUAAACUUUAAUUUCACCCACGACGAAGACGUAACGUUGACGAGCUAAACAUAAGUCGGAGAUUACUAAAAUGUGACGAGACGAAAGUGCGUUUACGUUGAUGGGACGAGACGAAAAUGACGAACAGAGUUGCAAAACUCAGUCAGUUAAACGCUGAACAUAUAGGAGCAGCUUCAGUCCGCUCUGACAGCUCUCAUCAGCCUGCUGUGCUCCUCCAACACACAGACACACGCGCGCGCACACACACACGUGGAGUUUUGUGGUUGACGAAAACAAAACUGGUUUAAAGCCGAAAUAUUCCCACACUUGGGCUGUUGCGUUCGGUUUAGACACCAAAGCUGUCGUGUUCAUUCUGUUUGCUUGCUUUUCACUCACGACGCUCACUUGCAGCACUUUAUCCAAAAGUCUGUGUGCCUGUGCGCGCCUACGUGUACCUGUGCGCGCGCCCCCCCGUGACAAAGAUACUGAAUGACUGACAGGAGGGUUCACUAACUCCGUUCAUUCCGCUAUAGAGCCAACGCCCCCAGGUGCCGAGAACAAUGCGCAGAGUGAGACCUCUUCUCUCAUCCAGCGUGUUUGGUAGCGAGAGAGGAGGAAAACAAACGCACGUCAAUUAUCGAGGCUGGCAAAAUGACCGACCUCGUUUUUAUUUACCGAGCGAUAAGGCGAUUUAUUGAUUAUCGCGACAGGCCUACUGCCAAUUCAACCAGCGGAAUCAAGUGAUAGACGAAGGUUUUUUACAAUUUACCAGGUAAUCCGACCUCCUCACUCACUUUCCUUCAGACGAGCUCCUUUUUAUUCUGGUUUUGGUAAUUGAAAGAAAAGGUAUCGUACAAUUCGGGGCACUCACACACCGACACAAUAGUUUGUCCUCCAUUUUAGAUAACAGUGAACGACAUCUGUUUUCAUUGGCCACCCGGCAACCUUCUGCUCAUAUGUUAUGGCGAUGCAAAUAUCCAUUCAAGUUGAGACAUUUACAGCUCCUGCCCAAUUCGCGUUAUUUGUGCCACCAGAGUAGUAGGAGUGUCUAAUCGUGUGUUUGCAUUGACUUGACAUGUAAUUUAUUUGUGCGAGUGAUUUUACUCACGCUUGGUGUGUAGAGGAAGUUAUAAUUGUCCCCGGUUUCCCCUAAUAAUUAUAAGUAGAAGCUGUAAAAUGAAGAAACACUUUUAAUUGAGGACUUUUAAAGAAAAAAGUCAAAUGGAGUAAAAUUUGUUUUCUCACCUUCACCUUUAAACCCUCAUUACACUGUUACUUUCUCCCUGUGUCUAACUGUUUACACACACAAACACAGACACACACACAUAGAGGUAGGCCAUCAGUCUGCAUUCUGCCUCCUUGUGUGGCUCUGACAGGUGUAAGCCAGCUGGGGAGCAGACUGCAGAUAAGAGCUGCAGAUAACACACACACACACACACAGACACACACACACACACACACACACACAGUGUAUAAUGGAGCACCACUGCAGUGUUUCCACAGAAAUAAAGAGAAUCGAGUCUAAAGAAGAGAAAGCAGCAGCUGCAGGACCGAAGAAACAGGAACAUGUUGCACAGCUGAGCUCCAUCGGCCUGUUAAAUUCAUUUAAUCUGUUUAGAGCAUUGCUUUAUGACUUUAUACCUGCAAAACUGACAUUCACAUCAACACAAUCUGCAGGAUUAGUCUGGUAUAGGUGCAGAAAUGUAAUUCUGAAAAACAGCCUGAACCUGACGAAUUAACACCUGCACAGAGAGACAAACAAACACAUUUAUUGAUGCAAAAUCAUGAUAGAUUAUUACCUUAAUGUUCUACAUCAGAUAUGUUUUUAUGAAAGGGUUCAGCUGUGAGACUAUUUGCGUACGUGAGAGAGAGAAAGAGAGAGUGUGUGUGUGUGUGUGUGUGUGUGUGUGUGUGUGUGUGUGUGUGUGUGUGUGUGUGUGUGUGUGUGUGUUGUGGUCUCUGCUGCUGUUUUCUUCAUGUCAGACAACUUGUUAUCAGACACGAAAGCAACACAAUGUGAUUGAAUUUGUCCGGUUUAAUCAGACAGUCACUGCUCUCUAAUGCUGUUAGCUCAGGACAGGAGUAAUGUUACAACCUGUGUGUGUAUGUGUGUGUGUGUGUGUUUACCAGCAGCAUGUGAACGUAUACAGAAGACUAACGACAGCAUUUGUUGAUUUAAAGCUCUAAUUUCGAUGUUUUAUUAUUCCUCAGUGAUCUGCUCCAUUAGAUUCAGAAUAAAAAAUGCACUUUUAUUUCUUUUGCAGCAGCAUCACUCAGCACCAAUAAAAACAUCGGGAGGUUCUGAUCAGUGCGAAUUCUUUAUUCUGCAUCAAGCACUGUGAAGCUAAACAGCAAAUGAAGCCACAAUAACCUUUUCAGAUAGACACACUGGGUUUCAACUUCAUGUAGACAUCAAUUCAAAAUAACCCUAUCACAGUCAGACAUUUUCCUCUUUCAUAGCUUAUCCUCUGUCUCAAAAAGUGCACAUUAAUGAUGCACCUUCAAUCCUGCUUUGAUAUAAAAGUCACAUCUUAUGCUGCGUUCCAGUUGUACUCGGAAGUCAGAAUCUCUGAGCUCCAAGUCAGAAAUUUAUCUGGAACGCUCCCCUCAGAGUUGGAUUCUGACUUAGAAAGUCGGUUGAUCCUCACCAACCCCAACUAGACAGCAACGUCAUAAUCCAAGAUGGCAGUGCAGUGCGUCAACAGCAAAGAUUAACAGUGAAAACUCUCACAGAGGCGGAGUCAGGGAGUUGCACAAAGUUAAUUUUGAGAGUUUAUCGGGUCGGAUCAAGUGUCUUUUACACGCUUCUAACUCAGUAAGUCCACGUGACACAAACUCAAAACUUCCGUAAAAAACCACAGACAUUUGAAGGAUUUUGUAAACUUCCACGGACAAAGCCAGACAGCCUGGACAGCCGGGGACAUGUCCGGGUAAAACAGGACAUAUGGUCACCUUAAUUGAUCUUGUAUCAAUUAAAACUUGAAAAAUCUGCAGCUCUGAGACCGGAAUCAGUCCUGACUAGCUAUGCUUCAGUUGUAUGUGACAGUCGCCCGUGUCAGCUGCUAACUGUAGCUGAUGAAGGAUGAAUCUGGGGCCUCCUGCUCAUUCGUAGCAUCUAUGCUAAAUGCAUGGUGGGUGCUGUAAAUCUGACUUUGGCUGCUGUAACACAAAAUGCUGGACAACUCCCGGCACCUUGCCAAAUGUCUCAGAACCCCCUCCCCGGGGAUGUAAGCAUUACCCAGAAUGCAGUGCUAUAAUCUGCCUGAGUCUUUGUUGUGGACAUGCGUUGUAAUGCAGUUGCCAUCAUCAUCUGCUGCAAACAACAUUGAGCGAUUUCAUUAUCAGCUAAGACUGAAAUCCAGCUCGAACUGGUUGUGGUUUACUUAGGAGUCAUCAGUGAAGUCCCCACCGUGUUCUGGAGCCUUCGUCUCUUGCAAAAGAGACUGGUCAUGGUUCGGGUUCGACUUGUGGAUCAGCUGCUCAGACUCCUAACUUUAAACUGUCCAAUAGGGCAACAUCCAACCUCCCCACUGUUUUCCACAGCACACAUUAUCACUCAUCCGAGGAGACCUUCUCUUAGUUUGGAGGAAAGAGUCUAGAUGUGUUGAUGGUUGCAUCAGACAGAUCUUUGGGAUAUUCUCUCCCACCUCACUUUGAAUCUUCCUCCUCCUCCUCUUCUUCCUCUUCCUCCCUGAGCUGCUGCACGCGCCUCCUCUUAUCUCUGACACACUCAAACAAAGAGGAAAAGAAAGAGAAAGGGCAGGAGCAGACAGAGUAAACACGACCUCAGCGCCUCGCUGCGUGGGCCGGGGGAAGUCAAACAAAGCUCUGGGGCGUUUUCCAGACCGGCAGGUGUUGGUGUCAGAGGCAGGCGAAUGUGGCGUGUUUUGGAGAGUCAACAAGCAGAAAGCGAGGAGAAGAAGAAGAAAGCCACACAAACAGAGAAAAGGCAUGUAAAGAGAAGAUUUAAAUGAAGCUAUGGACACCUAGAAAGUGUUCAUGGCUGAACUGACCUCUGCUCACCCUGCAUCAGGGCGUCAACGUUUAAGUUUCAUCAUUUUCGGCCAAAAACUAACAUUUUACCUGGAUAUUUUAGAUGUAUACCUGGUAUACAUCUGGGCUAUGAAUGUUUUUCUGAUUCAAUGACAUAACUUUGGCGUGUUUUCAAGGACCAAUUCAGGAUUUUUUCAAGACCUAAAAGUAGAAAUGGAAGUGGAAAUUACAUUAUUGCACAGAAAGACAUCAGAGUCAUAAAAACAAAAAGAAAGCGAUGAGUCUGUAGAAAUGAUCUCUGUGCUACUUGGUUGUGUCAUGGAAACAAAAGUGUACUGUAUAUCCUCGCUGAGUGGUGCGUAAUAUAAUAACUUUAUUUGGUUUGGCUGCCUGUGUGAUAUUUAACCUGCAGCUCUUCUCUUCCUUUCCUGUAUCUCAUUUUCUCUCUGGUCUGGUCUUAGCAUCAGGUCUCUGUAAACAGGCUGAAAUGUUAGUGCGCUGUGUUCGCAGCGGUGACGUGGUUUCUGAGGUCAGGCUUUGCAGAUGACCGUCGAUCAGCUUUACAGGAUCCAGCUGGCUUUGAUACACAUCUCCCCUCUGAUUAGCAGAGCUCAGCUCAAACCUUAAUCGCCUUGUUGACUUGAAAAGCUCUCAAAGUGGGAAAGCUAAUUAACUCAACCCGCUGCACAGAGGAGGGAGGGAGGUAACAGAGAGGGGUUCGAGUUAGGCUGCUGUUUCUGAUGUCACCAUCUACAUUUAUAUCAUCCAACAUCAAAACCUGUGAUAGAAACAUCUCAGUCCACUUUUCUGUCUGAGGAUAAGCAGACGUUAGUAGUGAUGUGCAGCGUGACUGUUACAGUGACAUGGUUAGCUCCAGUGUUUACAGUCAAGAGAGGAAAUAGAUGAAGUGUUGUAGAGAGAGGUUUAAGGUGAGGGACUGAAAUGUUCAUGAAACUCUGACUGCGUGGCUAAGACUUAUGCUGCGUUCCAGUUGUACUCAGAAGUCGGAAAUUAAUCUGGAAAGCCCUCCUGAAGUCAGAUUUCUGACUCGGAAAGUUGGACGAUCCUCACCAACCCCGACUUGACAUCAACGUCAUAAUCCAAGAUGGCAGUGCAGUGCAUCAACAAUAAUUAAUAACAGUGAAAACUCUCAUUUUGUAUUAUUUAUUAGCACUUCUGUUUAGUUUUUGUGACAUUGAAUAAGUGGUAUAUGUUUUACUGCCCAACAUCUAACUGUGAACACGGUGCUAUGGUGUUUGUAAGAGUAAAAUACUGUGUUAUGCAUUGUUUACAACUGGUAUCGCUAACAACAAUUUAGAACCGCUGACAACAGCUGACCAGUGUAAACAGCAGCUAACAACGGGUAGCUGUAGGCGUCCAUCUUGGUUUUCUGACUUGUUUACUGGAACGCCGUCAACUCGGAUGUAACGUCAUUCCCAGCGCCGACAUCUGACUUCCGAGGUAACUGGAUUGCAGCAUUAGACUCAGUUUGGCUGUCACAGUCGAUGUUGAAGCUCUCUGGUUUGUCCUUUUGGUGAAGAUGUGCGCCUCCUGCAGAAAUGGACAGUCUGGACUUGAUACCAACUCAGAUUAUCAACCAUGGGAGUCAAAUUGUCUUCCUCCUGCUUUUGCUCUCCAUAGAGACUGUUAAGAGUUUUAUCUCAUUGUGUCCUUCAUAAAGUUUAUCGUUGUCUAAAUUUGGCCACUCAGAAACUCGGCAGACACUGAAAAAGAAAUAUAAUCCAGUUUUAUAUCCAGAGAGCAGUAUGUAGGUAUCUUUUUUCUUCUAGAUAUGCUGUUGAGACCACAGGCUGAAAUUGAAUCUCUCUCAUUAAAUCUUCUGAACCCUUCCUCUCAGUCUGUUUUCGGCACACUAAACUGUGUAUUUGCACCAGGCUGCAGGUACGUCAGAUUCAGAUGCUGCUGCUGUUGCUGUCUGCACUCUGCUGCACAAACGCCCUGCAGACGCUCACGGUGGAAACUGAGAAACAGAUUUUUGCAUCUGCUGCGGUUGAAAGCACACGUCUGUUCUGUAAUUCCCAAAAUCCUGCAGAACAUCGGUGUUCUGUAAGCUUUUGUUCACAGGGCUGAGGUAAUGGGUGGGGCAGGGGGGGGUUGGGGUAAAGUGGUGGGGGGUGUGCAGCUGAUUUGAGGGCCCUGGCGAACACAAAGGGGCCAGGACCUCCUCCACACAUGCCCCGCACAAUGCCUCGGUCCUAAUGCUUGUAAAUCUAUUCACACAUCCAGAGGCCACAGAUAAUAACAAGCUGUUCAGAAUGAAUCUCUAAUGAGCAGACCGGAGCCGGCUCUCCACUGGAAACCUGAUUCUGCUCAUGCACAGAUCCUGUUUCACACUCAGAACAGAACAGACUGUUUAGCAUCGAUGCAGACAUGUGUGCAUUAUACCGAGAUCCCAUAACGUUACAUAAACCGGAGAGCAGCGUGGAGCAGACAGACAGACGACCCGCCUACAAAGGAAUCUGAGCAUUUGACAAGAACUGAUUUAAGUAGAAGAGGAACUGUAUUUCUGCUCUGUCACAGCUGUGUCAUGUUUGAGCACUCACUGUCAAUCCUACCGUUAAUGUCCUUUUAAUCUACCGCUAGAUGGUUUGUCUGAGGUUGUUGAGAAGCUUCAUAUAGGUUUUUCUGAUUUUAUAGGUUGGUAACCUUUAAUGCAGGAUAUCGAUUUUUUUGGACCAAGAACAACAACCUACUUUUGAUGACCAAAACUGAUAGAUAACCAACUCUGGAUUUACAUGUCUGUUUCUGAAAACAUGUCAUUUAUGCACAACUGAGGGAAGACAGGAUAAGAUUUAGUGAGCGUACGGUAUUUCAAUCUGUCAGUGUUUCCUUGUGCAGCUAAGACAAAGAAGUUGUUCAGUUUUUAGGAGUUUUGUGUAUCUUUGAAGUUUAAAUUCAGUCUGUAGGUUUAGGAAAACAACAACAAACUGCACAUCAUCCAAUAAGUGAUGGUUGUUGACUCCGUCCUUCAGAGUUAAAGGGAGAAGAAGGUAGUAAGGUAUUUUCCAUAGAACGGCUUCAAAAAUAUAGACAUACCAAUGACCAAGCUGACGUGUUAGUUUUGGUUGUAGCAUCCUUUAAGAUUGUCACACGACACCACAGAACAACUGCUAGUGUGGUGCUACAUUAACUGACCGUUAACGUCAUUAAGCUAACAUACGGUGCGUGUCUAACCCCCCCUCCUUCAAUCUAAUUUAUGAUUUGUCACUCAGCAAACAUUAACAGAGUUGAGUGAGGGCAGAUCCUAAAACUGGGGAAACAUUGACUAAAGCCCCUCAAACUGAAUCUGGACACGAAGAUUAAAAUUUGACAAAAAUCAACUGCAGUUUCUGGAAAUGGCUACAAUUUCAUUUGAGAUUUGCUUUAAUACUUACGCUGUCUAAGUCAGUUCAGCACUGAAUCCACAUUUUUUCAGCAUCAGAUGCCUUCAAAUGGACAAUUAUUACCUGAAUCAUAAAGGCCUGAUACUGUCUUCAACAAUCCAUUGAAAUAAUCAGAAAUUGACUUUUUCAGGGUUAACUCAGCGACUUCUCCAGAAGUUAUCCAGAAACGGCAAACCGUGCUUUGGCUGAAUAAAGGAUAUCUGAUUAAUAACUCGAUUCAAAGCGACAGACAUGUUAUUGUUAAACACUCACUGACAGUAUGUGCGUGCGUGUGUGUGUGUACGCCCUGUUCAGCCUAACCUCCUGAUGACCGCGGCUAAUGAAAAGCCUACAGAGAGAGGAGGAGGCAGUUUGGAGGGUGAGCCUGCUGCUUAUUCUUGUCCUAGGAUAGGGGGGCGGAGUCUUGAACUGGUUGCCAGGGCCGACGAUGGCUCCUGGGCCCCUCACUGACAGGGGGCAGGCUGUCGGGGCCGAGCGUCCGUCUGGCGAGCCGGUCUGGGCCUUCCUCGGUGAGCUGGCACGUGCCGUCGCAGCAGCCUGGCCAGGGCAUGACGAAUCAGUGAAAGAGAACUUCACUAGGCCGAGCAGAGGAACACCUGAGACGGUCUGGGGGUAGGGGGUGGGGGGGUUGAGAGUUCGGCUGAUAAAACCAACAGAGACAUAAACAGAGAAGAAACUGUCUUCAUUAUUCUGCUCAAAUGAUCCACAUAAAGCUCCUGGAAAUCAUACAUGAUUACCUCUGAGAUCAAUCCUCAGUGGUCCACAGAGGUAAUAACUCCAUCUCAAAUGAUUUCUGUGGUGUACCACAAGGCUCAGUUUUAGGUCCCAUUUUGUUUUCUGCCCCUUGGCCUUAUAGUAGCCACAUUUGGUCAUAAUUUUUUCUUUAAAUUGCACAUUAAAAAGUUCAACAGUUCUGUUUCAACAUCUUUAAAAUCCAUCCUUUAAAAUGAAUGUUAACACUACCCCUCCCAACCAGUUUUCCCCUCAGCUCCUCCUCUCCCCUCCGUCUCUGCUUCAGCAAGCCCCACCCACAAACAGACACUCCUGCUCGCUCGUAUCGUUCCAAUUAAAUUCAGAUAUAAUGCAGAUAAAUACUUCAGAUAAUUACAAAUGGUGCCCAGUCAACGUGAAAGUGAAAAACAUUGGUGCUACUGUAGAUGCCAACAGACUACCAGCAAACACAAUGCUUGCAGGACUUCUACAACUAGGAUAAAGUGACAUACUCCAGGAACCGAGGUAAACAGUUUAGCGGCGCUACAACACGCAGCAGGUCCCGUUUGACAAGAAACACUUCUGUUACAGACACUUGUCUUACUUAGUUAAAGCAGUUUAUCUGUCCAGCAGAAAGGUUACAGGGUCUGCAAGAUCCUGAAGCGUCUCAAUCGUUUAUGCUUCACUUAUGUUGGCCCGGCUUUUUAGCUCUUGUCCGGUCUACCUCCUUUUUAAGCACCCAUUAUUCCACGAGAGUCUCCGGGAUUUUCUUUGUUUUCUUGCUUGUGUUGGCAGUCAUGGCUUAAGAAGGAUUCAGACAAUUUUCCUUACUUUCUGGUUGGUUUCUACUGUCCGAUAUUGUAGAACGCUAACUUUGUUUGGGCUCGUGAACGACACGGCGCAGCAGCGUCCGCCUCACAACCAAUCAGGUUGGGGGAGGCGGAGAAUGGCUUUGUUUAUGGUCGGAAAAAGCGGGCCGCUUAAAAAUUUUAAAUGUUGACUACACAGACAUUACAAAACACAGCGAUAUCGUUAUAUUACCAAAUGUCAUCAAUAACUAAUAAAAUCUUUUUUGGAUAUACACUACAAAAAAAUAUGCUUCUUUAACGGAUUCCUGCUUACCCCAACUUUAAAAGUCUCUUUAUACCUGCCUCAUCUUCCCUCCCCUGACUGGUAUGAUCCUGCUCACUUUCAUCUGAUCGUAACAGAAAGUUUGAAAACACUUUUUCUUCUUCUCUUGUAUGCCCGUCCUGUUUUGGGUCUGUGGGCUGCUGUGGAUGCUUCUGGAGGUCGUACCAGAGCAUCACCAGUUCAUUUUAACCACAUACAGAGUUACAGCGUUUUAUGACAAUUAUAUAAAAAGCCUGAAUGAGGACUUUACAAACUGCCAUUUUCAGAAAAUUGACGCCCACUCCAAAACCAGAUGAUUGCUGGCAUUAAACUGAAACACAUCAGUGUGAGUCAUCCUGAAAGCUUUGUUUAAAAAGCUCUGUUUUUUCUAUUGAACCCUCCAGUUUUUAAAAUAACAACAGAUAAACUCCAAUUAGCCAAACAGUCCGCCUAAAUGCCUGCAUGUUCGGACAAUAAUUGAUUUAAAACUGACCUGCGUCCUUGAUCUCCAUAGAAACUGAGCUUUCACAUUCAGCUCCACAGAAAAGAGCCGCUGAAGCAGACACUGAGUUAUGAGUAUUGAUCCGCCACAGAAGCUCUCAUCUCUCAUACAUGUGUUUAAAAUUCCUCUUCACAAAGCAGCUGGAGGACCAGCGCAGGUGGAGACCAGGUGAAGGUUUUGUUUAGAUCAGAUAGAAAAUACCCCUCUGUCCUCAUAUGCUGUGGUGUCCUUCUGCAAGAUGCUGUAUCACUGAAGUACCUGCUCAUAUGUCUGUUUAUGACCUUUGACCCCUCACCCCCAGCUGAGUUUAAAGCCGUUUGUUUGUCUGUUAGGCAGUUUCGAUGCUUGUUCUGUUUCCAAGAAUCUUUGGAUGCUGCUAUAAAAACAGGAGAUGUUGGUUUGAAAAACAUAAAAGACCUUAAUCAAAUUAGAAAUAAAACAAAUACAACAUAUCAAAUCAUGAAACUGAACAACUUCACAGAUUUAUGAAACCCUCUGUGAACCUUAGUGAACCCAGCAGACCAGGUUCUUGCGUCUGACAGUGAAAUAUUAUCCCAUUCUUGUCUGAUGGAGGAUUUCACCUUAUCAACAGGUCUCCUUUGUCCAAUUUUUGGUGUCAUGAGGCUCCAAAUGUUUUCGAUGGGGGACUAGUCAAGACUGCAGACAGACCAGCUUAUCAGCAGGACUCUUCUACUACAGAGCCAUGCUGUUGUAUUCCCUGCAGAAUGUGGUUUAUGAUUGUCUUACUGAAAUAUGAAGGUCCUACCUGAAAGAGUUGUUUUUUAGGUGUCAGCAGAUGUUGUUCCUAAACCUGUAAAUAUUGUCCAGCAUUAAUGGAGCCUUCACAGAUGUGAAAGCUACCUGUGACAUGGAUUCAGAUGAUUCCUGUACCAUCAGGGAUGCUGGAUUUGGAUUGGGAGCUGAGAACAAGCCAGGUGGUCCAUGAUUUCCAAAAAGAAUGUCAGGUUUUGAUCCAUCAGACCACAGGACAGUUUUCCUCUCCUGCCAGUCCAUCUUAAUGGGCUCAGGUCCAGGAAAGUCUCUGGUGUUUCUGGAUCCUGUUUCUAUCUAGUUUCCUCUAAGCAUGGUUUAAUUUGAUCCUCAUUUUUGGACACAAUGGUUCCUGAGCCCAUGCAAUGAUUUCCACCAUAGAGUCCUGUCUGUUUUUAACACAGUGCUGCCUGAGGACCUUCCAUCCAUCUAUUUCCUACCACUUAUUCCCGUUCCCAGGGCCGGGAAGACAGUGGGAUACCCUGGACAAGUCGGCAGUUCAUCGCAGGGCUGACAUAUAGGGACGAACAAUCAUCCACACGCAUAUUCACACCUGCGGGCAAUUUGAAUCUGGCCAAUUAACCUAACCCAACUUCUGCAUGUUUCUGGAAUGUGGGAGGAAACGCGAGUACUCGGAGUAAACCCCCGCAGACACAGGGAGUACAUGCAAGCUCCGCAAAGAAACGCCCUGACCCGAAUUCGAACCCAGGACCUUCUUGCUGUGAGGGGACAGUGCUAACCACUACACCACUGUGCCGCCCUGCCUGAGGACCUUUUUUAGAUAAAUCUGGGUCUUCUUCAUUGUAAUGGUGUCAAAGGUUUCAGGACACAGGGCUGCACCAACUCCUUUGUUCAAUGGACUCCAAAAUAAUCUCACCUUUUCUAUGAAUCAUUGCCAUCAAGAAUCAAAAUAAGAAGUUAAAAUUAUUCUCUGCUUUCCUGUUUAUGUUAUUGUUCACACAGUUUUGUGUCCCUUGCUGGCCCUUAUGGUUCUUUCCAAAUAGGUUUGCAGAGGUUUUUGGUCUAUUUUGACUCCCUGGAUUGAACAGAUGGACUAAAUUGGUUAUUGUUGCACUAAAAUCUCCCCUUUUUCCUCCUUAUAUGUAUAAUUUUAAAGGUAGACUGUUCAGAUGAAUCCGGUCCCCGAACAAUGACAGGCAUCAGUAAUUGAAACAUUACGGCACCCUGGUGAUGUAGCUGGAGGGCCUGAGCUCUUUGGAGACAGACCCUGAGCAUGUGUGUGCGUGUGUGUGUGUGUUUAUAUGGGUGUGUGGGUGGAAGGUUGGGGACUUGAAGGGGGCGCGGACAGACCUGAAUCAAUAAGGGUCAGGGAGAAAGGUCUGUCUGAAGUCCCCAUAAAGAGACAGAGGUUUCAAAGGUUUGCUGGGUGGCAGCUGAGGCCUUUUACAGACGAGCUGCUGGAGGAUUAACCCCCUCCUACCGCACAGUCAGACAACUUGUUUCAUUGCCUAAUGGAGCUGCAGGCUGGAGCAUUAUUGCGAUGGCAGACCAUGACGAGAAGUCUCUGACCUCAAAGAUGAUGUUAGGACAGAGGUCUUCCAGCCUUUGACAGAUGAGUAAUCCCUACAAUCAUUCAACAGUGGGAGGAGCACGUCUGUUUUCUGUGUUUACUUUCCUUUGAAAAUCAGUCGAUCUAAACUUUAACCUGACAUCCUUUCAAACAUUCAAGAGUGAUCAGAUCAGAUUUAUUCAUUUAUUGAAGCUGUUUCCAUGACCUGACUGUAGCCUGGUAGUAUGAGCUCUUAAAUCUGUCUUUCUCUGUGAAUAUUUGAAGCAGUAAUGAGAUUUUCCUUUGUUUCUACUCUAUCAUAUCACCCGUAGGGUUAGAGAAAUAUGCAGGGGUCACAGUUUGAAGUUGGAACUCUGCUCCAAUCUCAGCUGUUUUCCUCCAACAGUAAAAUGUCAGCUUCUAGGUUUCAGUAUUUUAUCUUUGAAGGUUACAAAUCAAUCCUUGUGUUUGAGUCAUGAAGCUCCACUACCUUGUUUAGCCCACACUCGGUCGGAGGUUAUCGAGCGAUCUAACCAGCUUUAAAGUUCCUAACACCUUACUAGAUUUUCAAGGUUUAUCUAACGUUGCAAAGUAUCAAUUUAUGUGUUUUAAAUCGAGACUUUUGUGAAGACAGAUCUUAAAAGAUGGCUAAUCUCAAGUGUCUCAGAAGUUCAUCAGUACUUUGAAUGUCAAAUGAUGUUAAAUGCAGAUAAUGAAAAAUUAUUCAUGAUUCAUACCAAUCAUGAACAAUGCGAGAUGAUUGAAAUAGGUCCGUUUUAAUGUGUCCCUGAUCAACAUAUCAUCAAUAAUAAGAAGAAAUAUCAACAUGAAUAAGAUAUGAAAGAGAUUGGUUCAGACUUUAAGCUUUUCUCAAGUUUUCUUAAAGAACAUUUAAUAUAAGACACACAAAAAUCUCAAUUUUCACCGUCACUGAGCAUCAUCCAUGAGAGACGUGCGUCUGACAAUCACAUUACGCAGCAAUCAGGCUUCAUCUCUGUUACAGCAGCGUCUUAAUUUCCUAAACCCUGCAUGCAGAUGAAAAUUUAAUCUGCUCACUUAUUCUGGUAAUGGAGAUGGAAAUUAGAUUAUCCCAGCCUGGAGCCAUUUGGGACGAGACUGAUGCAGAAACUUUCACUCCUCGGUUUGAGAGGAGAAGAUGGUGGAUGUACUUAUCCAACAGAACCAGAAUCUUCCAUGCCCUGCAGGGUGUGAUAACUUUUACCUUCACCUUUUAUGGAUCCUUCUCUUUUCUUGGCAUGCUCUAAAUCUGUCCUGGUGAUGUUUCACACCUUUAAAGAUCGCUCAUAAAAGUUCUAAUGGGAAAUAAUUAUGGGUGUUUCCUUCUGGACCCACAGGAACCAGUGGUGACCCUCAUAACUCUCUGCUUUUGCAUGAUGAUGAAUAUACAGUACAAUGUGUUAAUAAGUCGGUUUAAAGAGUGUCCCUCAGGCUUAGGACUCGUUUCCCUGCUUCUGUAUCUCCAGAAAAACAACAUGUGUGUCAUUCUCUACGCUGACGAGUGUUGACUUUAUUUUAAUGACAGUUUUUGAUCGUUGCAGGUGAUCUCUGACCUCCAAGUGUAUUGAUUGCUGCAGUGCAUGUGUGUUUGUGUGUGUGUGUGUGUCUUUGUGCCUCCAUAGCAGCACCUCACUGAGCCCCCUGUGAAUGACUCCAUAUUUACAGGCCAAUUAUCUCUCUGAGGGAGGGUCGGCGUGACCGCAGGCCUCUCGAGCAUGUUACAGGAAGGUCAGCGAUGUCGAUGGGGGCUAAUUAAGCAGCCGUCGCUCAAGAGGCAGUCGAGUGUGAGUCGGCCGCAUCUUUACUCAUCAGAGGAAUGUCUUGUUGCUUUAAUUUCAAGGACAUUUCUGCUUCUGAAAGAGGAAACAGAUUUGCUCCUGCAGUGUGACCUGUUGUGCAAACACUUGAGAAUGCCCCUGGUGGAUUAUUUCCUUCGUUCUAAUCACCACCUUUUUAUCGUCUUAAAUUUUUCCAUGUACAAAUCUUCAUCAAAAUGUCCAUAUGAAGGCAAAGAGAAAAAAUGUCGACAAUAGUAUCCCAGCUCCCACUGGCGGAAAAAUCUAAUGACUCUUUAUUCACUUGAAUUAACAAAUACCUGUAAAUGAGUGCAGCUACAAUCUGCUAAGGAUCAAACAUUUUCACCUCAGAGGAGAUUCAGUUUUACUCAGAGUUUCACAAAAAGUACAAAGCUUCAGUUUGAUUAGCUUCUUCACCAUGAUAUGUUAAAAUCCCAGUAGAGCGUUGGUGCGGUUGUAGCAGUGCAUGUGUGCUCUUAAAAGUAAGGUAAAGAAAACAUAGACGCACGAAACUAAAGAGCAAAUAAAGUGGCUCGAACCUGCGGGUUAAAUUAUAUUGCUUCUUUUGAGCUCUUUAGGGACCAGUUUUUUUGCUUCUGCACCUGUGAACUUAAUUGCCUCCAGCUCAGGUGUUUGCUGUUACCUGGGCGAUGGUGACACCUUGAAAAAGAAGGUCUGUGCUGUCAAACAGCUCUUGUACUAAGCUAUAUUUUUAUGUGUCAUGAAAAAAUAGCCAAUAUCGUCUUGUUUUUUCACUUUUUUUAUCUCAAAGCUAACUUAAGAGACCAUUGGCGCUUGUAGCACAAAGACUGAGUCUGCAAUGAGCUGGACUCUUCAAUUUUGCACAGUCAGGGUUGGUGCACACAGUGGUGUGGGAGGUUCCCAUGUGAGGGGCAGUCCCUGUGGAGGUUUUAUCUAAAAAGGUUCCGAGCUUUCAUUGGUUUGAAACUCAACAUGAAGUGUGAAGCACAUCCUUUGACUGAAUCGUGCCAAGUGAGGCUUCUUGCCUUUUUUAGGCCUGAGUUGAGCUUAAGGUUAGGACAGAGUAGAUAAACUGCUGGAGAAAUAAUGCUGCCUUCCAGUUGCACUUGAAAAUUUGCGAAUUGGAAAUUCAUCUUGAAGUCGGACAAUCCUCACCAACCCCGACUUGACAACGUAAUGCACUGCGCUGCCAUCUUGGACUAUGACAUUGUCGUCAAGUUGUGGUUGGUGAGGAUUGUCCAAUUGCCAGAAAUCCAACUUCAGGGGAUGUUCCGGAUAAAUUUCCGACUCUGAGCUUGGAAAUUCCGACUCCUGAGUACAACUAGAACGCAACAAGAGCCAAGCAACCCAGAACCAAUCAGUCCAGAACCCAGCAUGUCCAGGAUUCUGGAGGGUACUCAAACCCUUGUCCUCAGAAGGAAAACAGACUAAAAAGAGGGAUCAGGAGCUUUUUUGAUCUGAUCUCUAAAGAUAUCAUAGAUUAGUUUCAGUAAGACGAGGAGUUUGUUUUAAUCCUGAAAGAAAUUCUUGCGUCAGAUUGCUUAAAAAAUGAUAGAAUAAAGAGCAUCAGGUUCACUGAUGAAACCUCAAACGGUACAUUAGUUAGAGUCAGAGUGGCAGUGUUGUCAGCAGUUACACUAAAGAGUAGCAAAGCAAAGUACACCUGAUGAAUAUCUCAGAGUUGUCAUGUUGAUCAAACGCCGCACUUAUUUUCAGAAACAUGGAGAAAUCUUUGGUCCACAUGACCCCCCUCCUCCUGCAGAGCUCUGAUCAGCCUCCACCCUGUCUGGGCAUGCCAACACCCGGGCGUCUAGUUAACCGUUCAGGUGGGAGCGGCAGGAACAGAGCGUGCCGAGGCGGCGGGAGACUCCGAGGUGGCUGACGAGACCCUCCCCGCUGUAUUAACAAAGCACAUAACAGCACACAGCAGAGCCCUGAGUUCUGAGAAAGCUGUUUGUGUGAUCAUUAGAGAGCGGAGAGAGGCUUCUCCCCGAGGUUCAGCACAAUACAACCACCACAGCGAGCCCAGGAAGGAGUGUCUGCUCCAGCAGGCAGCUAAUGAAGGCUGAGACGACCUGUGGAGGCUCAGUAAUUGAACCUCAGGGACAUUCUCUCACUCUACAUCAGCAUCCUGCUCUCCUGGAGCCUCUGCUGCUGCUGCUCAGGGCUGUUUGUGCAGGGACAAAGCUUUGGGUUUGUUUUUGAGAGGGAUCGUCUCCAUUUUAUUCACUCAAGUCUUUUAUUUGUUUUCUGACGAUACAAUACCGGUGAGUACAGAACUUUUACGGAGACUGUGAUCAUGUCAGCAAAACCGGAGCAGGUUUGUGGGAGGCCAGGGUGAGAUUAUGGUCUGCUCUGAAAAGGAAAGAGACAGGUAGCAUAUUUCUGAACACUUUAUUGAAACUACAUAUUUCCCAGGAUGCUGCUUGCAGAGCUGGAGGCCGAACCACAGAUAUGCCUGAGGAUUUCAGUCUGUGGUGUCAGUUUGGACCUUUUCUCCUUAUUCUUUUUUCUGGAGUUUGUUAAAAGGAUCGAUAUUCAUUUAUUCACCAUCCCCUAUUCAUAGCCUAAUUUUAUUUAGUUUUAUUGUACCUUAAUUAACCAGAUAAAACCCAGUGACAUUAAGAUCUCUUUUACCUGGGUGACCUGGCCAAGAGGUCAGCAGCACAAGUCAUAAAAAAUGAACAGUACUUUAUAUGUACACAUUUCUUACCCAACAGAUCUUUUAUUUUGAAAAGGUUGCUUCUAGAUAGUUUUUAUUUUAUGUAUCCAGUGUCCAGCCUCUGACAGGGUUCAUAGUCUUCAGUAACUCCAAGAAAUUUAAUUCAGAUACUGUUUUUAAACCAUUUAAUCUUAGUUUGAAUGAACACUGACUCCACCCAACAUCAUUCAUUUAGUUUUAUGCUCAUUUAAUGAUAACUUUUUUAACUUUGAAACUAAGAGCUCAAGCACUGAAAAUUUUGAAAGCUCGGAUGGAACCCAAGGGAUCAUUCGUUUUUCCUUCCUUCCUUCCUCAGUCAUUGCAUAUUUAGGCCUUAGCAUGCCCCUAAAUUCACUAUUUGCAUGCAUCAGACAUAGUUUUAUAUUUCUUAGCUUUUGAGAAAAAGUUCUUGCAGCGUCCCCGUCACUUUUCCUGUGUUCGGACCUUCAUCUUUGCCACACAGUUUAACUAACACAGAUGAUUUUUGCUCGGGGUAUGUAUCAUGCUAAGACCUACAAAAUAUUCAUUUGGACUCAACAGUGAGUCCACUACUAAGAAUUUAAUUAUUGUUCACCUGAUUUAAGGCAGAUUUGAAUGGACUUGUCCCACAACUUUUCAGUGACACACAAUGUGACCAGAUUAAAGUUAUCACAGGAUUUGUUGUUUGAGUGUCAGUGGGUGUGGCUGAGGUAGGCCAAUCAAACUUUAAUGUUGGUCCAACUUGGACAUCUCACUGUGACAGUCUUACAUUUUGGAGGAUUGGGGACAGGAUUUUUUUAACAGGGGGCAGAAGACCUGCUCGUUCAGAUGAAUCGGGUUCUGCUUGAUAUGGCUACCUAUUAAUUUUUUUUUUCUUCUUGCCAUACUUAUGAAAGGCUUGUUUGUGGUGGACUCAUGGGCUGCUCACACCAAGCGCGGGUAAAAUCAUCUACUCGCAUAAUUUGUGCAAAUCUAAAUGCGUCAACAGUAAUUUCAAUGGUAAUCAACCAUGCCAAUUCAACUAGCGGGAUCAAGUGAUCGACAAAGUUUUUUACAACUUAAUCAGGUAAUCCGACCUCCUCACUCACUUGCCUCCUGGCGAGCUCCUUUUUAUUCCGGUUUCAGUAAUGGAAAGAAAAGGUAUCAUAUAAUUGGGGGCACCCACACAUCGGCGCAAUCAGUUUGUCUUCCAUUGUAGAUACCAGUGACCAACCAUCUGUUUUCAUACAUCACCUGGCAACCUUCGUGCUGAUUGAUUAUCGUGACGCAGAUAUCAGCUCAAGUUGAGAAAGUUUCAGCUCCUGCUCAAUCCACGUCAUUCACGCUGCCAGAAAGUACGAACGUCUAAUCGCAUCUUUGCGUUGACUUAUCAUGUCAUUCAUUCGCGCAAAUGAUUUUACUCACGCUUGGUGUGUGGAGACAGUCAUGGUGGGUUUCCUAAAAUCAGAUAAAAAGACUCUGGUCUGGGUCCCCUUCUGUCCCAAGAUAACUUUGGUCAUGAUUUUGGGGCCAAAUGAAGAAAACACGAGAUGGAGAACACUUUGUUGCCUCCACCCCUCAGAGCAGUCGGUUUACCAUAGACCAUGCUAGGAUAAAAAUCCUCCUCGGCCAUCUCUUCUUGGCACCAUUUGAGACCCGUCUACCAUGUCUGUCCCACAGAUGGCCCUGCCUCGCUCUCCCUCUGUCCUCUGGCUGGACCGACUCUCUGCUGGACGCCAUAUUGGUGCCAAACUCCACCAUUAGCCCCCUCCCAAAAAAAGCUUCCUCCUUCACUGGCACCUGAGGCAAAGCUCUCGGCCUCAUCAUCUCCUCCGCCUGCUUCUGUUAAUAAAUAACAACAACUAAACAGCAACAAGAGGAUGACACCCGCCAGAACCCGCCAGCCCACAUGGGACCUGCUGGUCGUUGGUGUUUCUGGUGGGGGGGCAGGGGUCACAGAUGGCUGCACAGCCCCCAGCUCCGCCCUGCAUUUCUCCAGCCUGUUUUUCUCCCUCAGUCUUCAAACCGCCAUUCUCCCACUAAUUUUUUGAUUGUUGACACAGGCUCAGAUGGGAAAAACACAAUAGCAAAUAAUUAACCAAAGGAGGCCGAAUUGAAGGGGGACUUAACAUGAGCCGGGCGGAGGAUGACUCACUUUGCAUUAGGCUUUGAAGACGCUCCCCGGUGGCCGCCGUCGCAGCAUCGUAGCUCUAAAAGCGAGUGCAUCUUGGCACCUUGCUGGAUAGAGAAGCGGGUGGUUGAUCCGUGCUGCAUUAGCGCUGAGCCUUUGUUCUCCCAUCGGGCUGUCAAAUGGAGAGACGGCUCCCUGAGACGUUUUAUAGAUACACGCCCUCAAAGGCAGCUGAGCACCGGCAGGAUGAAGCAGGCUCAGGAGUAUUAAAGCUGCAACUCUCCGUUCAUCCAUCAGUAAAACAGGCUCAGAUACAACUGAGAGACAGAAUUAGUCCUCUGUUUAAACCUUCGUGUGAGUCCUACAGCAGUUGAGGAAAUAAAUCACUUGUUAAACUCUCCUUAGUGACGUGUUGAAAGAGUGCUUUAAAUAUGUGGCGAUGUCUUACAGAAACAGUGAAGCUUUUAGAGUUUCUGCUUCAUUUCAACUACAUCUCUGAGUAAGGUGCACUCUGCUCCAUCCAGGGUUCACUGACAUUUGAUGCCAGUUCUCUGUCAAGAACUUCAUGCAUGAAGAACGGGACAAAAAUAAGAGUAAAAGAUGAGCUAAGACCACAACUUGUGUUGUAACCUGGCCCAGCUACAGGAGGAGACGACCAGGUCAGGUGUCCCAGGCCCUGGGUCAGGAUGGAUUCAGGGGUCACCUCGUCUCAGUAACAGGUGAACCUGUGUCUGGUUCAGGACCAGGUAUAAACAUGGUUGAAAUCUGUUUGAUGAGAUUGGAGUCCAUGUGCUGGUGCUGUUUAUACUUUCAUUAAGAAAUUAGAACUGAGUCAGAUUUGGUUCACUUUGGCCUACAGAGUUUUAUAGGGAGGUCCCUUGACUCCCCAGUUUGAUCUCAUAAAGCAUCUUUACACAACAGUCAACUGGGAGCCUGGUUUUAUAUCGGCCACCAGAGAUUAACCCGAUUCAACACUGGCCUUCUGACUCAGUUUUUCAUGUCUUUGUCUUGAGUUUAUUUAUGUAGGGACAAGAACCACACUAGUGCACCAAUACCGCACUUUGCUGCAUUUAUAGCCUUCACUGAUUUGCAGUGCAUAUCCCAGGUGGGCCUUAAAAAUAGUGCAAACAACAACCAUUCAUAAAACCGGAUAAAACCAAGCUGAGCUGGUUACCCUGAAAAACUUCCUUAAGAAUGGACUCAGUAACAUGCAGACACGUAAAGAGGCUUUACAUUCAUAAUAAAAACAUUUAUGAUUAGAUUUUCGUCUAAGUGUACACGUCUUAUUUUACAUAUACGUCUUAUCAGAGAAGUUUUCUGCAGACAGCAUUACUCAUCUGCUCUCACAGCUAAAAGCUGACGUCCCUGCUGCAUUCACUCUGUUGUUUUGCUCUCUCUAAGUACAAUAAUCCUUCUGCUGCUCCUCUCGGGCUCGAGGUCCCUCAGGAGUUCAGGUCAGCCAGGCCCAGUGGACGGUUACCUGGCAGCCAGAGCAGCAGGGAGGCUGAGGGGUCCCUGAACGCAGCAGCACUCAGCCUCCUCUCACUGAUCCAUCUGUGACCACAGUCACACUCAGGAAGAUGAUGUUACAUCUGCAGCCUGUGAGAGUACUACCACUCCAACUGGAGCUGAGCUGCAGCAAGAAAAGUGCACUCAGAGUGCAGGUCCACACCAGGUGUGUCUGAGGAGGAGGGGGAGAGACAGGAGCGCAGGACCGGUCUAAGGUCCACAGUGCAUGAGGGAGUAUUGUUUUUAUUCAUCUAUUCAAAAGUCUUUUAACAACAUGAGUAAAAAGGAUCUCUUCCCCUCUCCCCUAAAGAGGUUAAUUUCCAACAAGUUAGAAACAUAAAAAGGACGUUCAGAGAGGCUGAGUCUCUCAGGAGGAAAGAUGGGAGGAGGUUCACCACUCUGUGAGAGACUGUGUGAGCUCAUAGUCGAAAAGUCUCAGAAUAAUGUUCCUGAGUGUCAAAUGUGAAAGAAUGCGUAGAUUUAAUCAUCUACAGUACAGAAUAUGGUAACACUUAAUAAUGUGUUAUAACUGUUAAUAACUCACUGUCAAUGCCCACAUAGAUAAUGCAUUAUACAUAUGUUUAUGAUGUGUUAUAAUUUUCGUAUAAACUAGUAUAACUAUCAUUGUAAACACUCAUUAAUUAUCAUAACGCUUUAUAACAAUAAGCAUAGCACAUUAUAAUUCCUGACCUUGUAAGUCAUGAUAAAAUGCUUUAUAAUGUGUUAUGAUCAUUGCUAUUAUGAUCAUUCAUGAGUGUUUAUAACUACAGUUAUACAGUGCUAUAACUUGAUUAUAACACAUUAUAUAUCUAUUUAUAAUGCGUUAUAGAGAUAGGCGUCAAGUAAAGUGUUACCCAAAAGAUCAAAAAAUAUAUCAUCAUCAUCAUUAUCCAGAAAGUGACAGACAGGACUCUGGAGUGGAAAUCACUGCAUGGAUUUAGAAUUAACACACUUUAUUACUGCAUCCACAAAGUAGAUAAGAACUGAACCAUCUCAUGAGGAAACCAGAUAGAACAAGGAUACAGAAACAACAGAGAACUCUCUGGACCUGAGUCUGUUUUACGUUCUUUUUGGAAAUCAUGGAGUUUACAGUAUUUUCUUAUCAGCCCACAGUUGAAAAGCAGCAUUGUUUUGAUGGUCUGAGGAUGCUUCAUAAAACAAUUAAAUUAUUCAGUUAUAAUAUUUGAUACGUCGUCUUUGGAGGAUUUUUAAUCAAACAUAAGUUUCAAAGAAUUGCGAACUCUUUAAAUCUGUGUUCAAAGAGUUUUUAUCAUGAACUCAAAAACCUGAUUCAUCAAACACUGAGUUGUUCCUCCCCAGCAGAUGGUUCUGCUGUUUGUAUUUGAAGGACCACAGAGAUUUGUUGUCCUUGGACUUCAGUGUUUCAGGACUCUUCUGGCAUCAGAACUCAGAUUUUCUGCUCUACCCUGCAGCUCUUAGUCCUUGUUGUCACCCAGGGACAGAUAAAGUCUCAGCCAGACCUUUGGACACGAUGGCUGUUCACCUCAGAUAGCCUCCUCCAGCCAUGAAGCCGAGUAAACCAGCUCCUCUGGCCCUCUUUCAUCCCUCCUCCCUCUCUGCCGUCCCUUUUUCUUUCAUUACACUGAAGGAGUGUGUGUCUGUCUGUCUCUUGGUAGGGGGGGGUUGAGUGUGUGGGGGUGCGGUGAAAGAAAAUGGACUUCUGUGUGCUAGCUAGCAGCAACAGCUUUUUUUAAUCCUAGCCCCAAGCUGUACUGUGCACUGAAGCAAGCUAUUACACGGCUACAAUUAAAGAGGCUGGAGCGCAGCACCUGGUCCUCCCCGCUCGCCGGCCUUCACUGGCAGCUGACGAUACAGUUCCCCCCGCCAGGUGGUUCCACUUCAAUCACAUUAGCUAGUCACUGUAGGGUUAAUAAAGAGCCCACUGGCCCCCCUGCACACUCCCCUCCUUUUCUGCUUCUUCUUUCUGCAGAGAAUGUGGAGACAGAGCGUUUUAAAACUCGUUAAAAUUACGGCCCCUGCGCCGGCUCGGGUAAUUAAAGCAGAGCAGGACGAGCUCCUUGGAAUCUUUCAGCGAGGAGGGGGUAGGUUUGGGCUCCUAUCCGCUUAGUAGUCCAUUUGUACAAAGAGCAGAGGAUCAUAAUAGACCUUUUCAUGGAUAGACAAAACAGAUGGAGGCCAAUUGAAAUGAGACGGGCAGGCAGACUGUACAUAUCUGCCUGGAUACCGCCGAUGUGGAGGGAUUCACAAAAACAAGUGGCGAGCCAGCAGCGGCAAGCGGCAAUAGCGUCUUUUGUUUGCCGUCGCAGCAGCUCGAAGCGUUAUCGCACUAAAACCAGCCUGAAAACCAAACCGUGUAAAUAAAGGAGCGGAGGCCGAGCGUGUCAGGAGCACAAUCAAUAGUCAUUUGUAAGCACAGAAAGCAGAUGUAUGCGCUGACAUUUAAUGCAGCGAGGCCUCUUUCAGCAGGAUGUUAACGCUGCGCUUUACCUCCUGUUGCUUUGUUCUUUACAUCGAUCUUCUCGGAGCUGAAGAAAGUUUUGUCCUUUAACAUUUAUUCUUUCGCCCACUUAAAAAAAGAGACUUCUGUUUACACUGAAAGGAUUAAUGAGGGCCUGUACACACUUUCUUUAGGCCCAAAAAAACUAAAACCACAAGCUUUGGACUUUGGCUCUUUUACGCCUACUUUUGAUUUCCUUUGUAUUUGAAGAAUCUGCACUGUACUAGUAUAUAUGUAACUCCUAAACCUGUAGAUAUUGUUCAGCAUUAAUGGAGCCUUCACAGAUGUGGAAGAUAUCUAUGACGUGGACUCUGAAAAUCACCGUACCAUCAGGGAUGCUGGAUUUCAACUGGGAGCUGUGAGCAAGCCGGGUGGUCCUUCUCCUCUUUAGGGAGGAGGAUGCAGAGUCCAUGAUUUCCAAAAGAAUGUCAGACUGCAGGAUAGUUUUCCUCUUCCCAUCAGUCCACCUUAAAUGGGCCUGGAUAUCAGGACUCACCUUUAACAACUCUUCACCUGUUUGGUUGUUCCUUUGGACAUCCUCAAUUAAUUAUAGAGUUCAUAUUUAAACAUCAGGCUCGAUAAAUCAAAGAGUUGAUGUUGCCGAAAAGAAAACGUGACUCUUCAUAGGUGCAGCUUUUAUCUGCUGUCAGUAUGUUUUAAUAAAUUAAAAUCAAAUUCUAUUUGUUGAUUUAAUGUAAUCGUUCAGUCAGAAUAAUACAUAAAAACUAAAUAUUUCCAUGACUGGAUGAUAGAUGCACCUAUUUUUAAAGCUUUUAUUAAAGCUGGUAAUUUCUUGAGUUUAGUUUUUGAAUUAUAUUUCUGAGAUUGUAAUAGCAUGUCCUGAUAACUGUUCAUGUUUCUGAAGAGGGUGUGACUCCCAGGUUUUACUCUUAAAAAAGUGCUGCCAUCCAGUCUAAGAUAUCAGACUGUUGGUCAGGUUCGAGAGGUUGUAGGGGUUUCUUGAUUCUACCUGCAGAUACUGCUGAGUAAUUAAAAUUGGAUGUGUUAUUGUAUUAUGUGGCUAAACAGCAGAGAGAAGAUAGAGAGUUAAAAUUUUCCCAGCACUGACCCCCCUUUUUUAUGUGAUUUUCAAACUGUAUGUCUGCAUGUCCAGCUCUCUCUCUGGAUGCAACCAGACUGUAUUUUUUUAAUGUCGUCCCUCCUCAGGAGCAUCUCAAGUCACAUCAAAGCCUGGAGGCUGAGCUGGAGAUGGAGGAGGAGGAGGAGGAGGAGGAGGAGGAGGAGGAGGGAGCACAGAAUGCCGCACUUUAAUCUUCUUUAUCCGCUGAUGUGAGGACAGAGCGUCCCAAAUUCCAUUUCUAAGAGAAAUAGUGAUGCAAAGAGGCUGAGCGUGUCUUCGGAGCACACUGAACAAAUUGGGAUGCAAAUGUGCAGCCUUUGAACUGUGUAAAGUGGCAUAAUGGGAUGAUCCAUAAAUUAUUAAUCAGUGUUGGUUUAGAGCUGAGCCCACGGGAUGGCUGACAUCACCGCUGAGAGAGGAGACACGACCAAGAAGUGAUUUUAUUUCCUCCUGAUGUGAAGCUAAGAAACACGACACAAAGAAAAGAAAUUUGAAGCUGACAUAAAGCUGUGGAUAAAUUACAAAAUCAUCCAGAUUGAUCAGGUUUGGUGUCACACGAUGGAGUUAACUGAACAACACAUUAAAAUUACUGUUUUAUCGUAAAAAUCCGAACAGGCCUGCAGGAAAAGUAAAGAGUGUUAAAUGUCCUCCUACCUGCCUGCAGACCCCACAUUGGGGCCUCACAUUGUUUGGGAAUCUGGAUUAGAGACGCUCAGAGUGACUCGACAUUAUUGUGGAACUCCAACGUCGCCUUUCCUCGAGGAUCCACGCCACAUGCUGUCCUCGCUAACACGCAAGCUAGCAGGCAGGAGAGUCGGGCCGUAGCUGAUGGGCUGGCAGGCUGAAGGGUCUUUGAGCCAGAGCACACUGCAAAAAAUUCAUCGCUUAAACCUUCUCUUACCGAGUGUUUUUGCUUCAUUGCCACAAAUUUUCUCCUAAUAAUUUUUUUCCGGAUUUAUUUUGAGAAACUAAUCAAGAAAAAUUUGCACUUCAUUUUUACUCAAUCAAGUCUUUUUUUUGGCUCAUAACAGUGUGAAAUUGCAUUUAUUUCUGGACUGAUCAAAUUCAACUGCAGUAAAAGCAGCUCCAAAUAAAUGCAUAAUUAUUAAUAUUUGCUCAAAUUCAUCACUGGUGUACAGAGUCACUACUUAGUCAGUAGUUUGUGGGCCUUUUUGUUUAGUGAAUUACCCAUGUCUUUUCUGCUGGUUAAGUGAAUCAGGCCCUCACUUUGUAUUUCAAUAUGAAUGAUUUUUAUCUCUGAGACGGAGAGUGUUUGAAUGAAAGGCCCGUCUCUAAUACAAACCUGCUUCAUUUAAAGGCCUGGUACCUCAGGCAGUGAAAGCAAAUAAAUUAGAGGCCUAUAUUAGAGGAUUUAUGGUAAUACCAAUUGAUAGAAAUUGUGCUGUAGCAUUUGCAGUCUCUCCAGACCUGGAAAUUUCAACCUUUGAAAAUAUGAAAAUGGUCACUUUCUCUUCUCUUCUUUCUAUCUCUUAGUCUGGACCUCCACUAUUGUUAUUGACAAAGUUAGUCAAACGCCCUGCCCCUUCUUGACUUUGAUUUCUCAAUGAGGCAGAGAUGACACUGAUGAAGGUUUUGAACAACAAGAAAUAUUGAGGUUGUUUUUUUCUGCCUUAUAGAUGCUGUGUGCUGGCAAAGCUGAAAAGGCACAGCAAACGCUGUCAGUGGACACAGGCCCUGAAGCAUUCGUACUUUUUGCAAUAAUUACUUGAAGCUGUACCAGGGCUCCAUAGUGUGACUGUUUCACUUUCACUUGCGACCAAAAAUAGUUGUGUGCUAAUUGUAAAAUGUAUUUAGGGGCACAUGUGCGCAUAAAAAAAUUAGCCGAGGCAACAAAUGUCUUUUCAUGUAAAUAGCGUGGUGAAGUUAGUUUUAGGUUGGAUAUCCAACAGACAUUCACUGCGGAUCAACCGGUGUCUUCACACUCUCUGUAACCAGGAAUAGCAACAGCAGCUUGGUGUCAUCAGCGGGUGUUGAAUAAGGGACCGUCAAUAAAUUACCUGUUGAUGCUCUCAAAAAAGGCUUACAUGUCAUGUGACCAAUUGACCUAAAAUUGAUUUCAAAUAAUAGUACUUAUGUCGACCAAUAAGAAACACAUUAUUUAAUCAAUUUUUAUUGUGCCCCUAAAGUUCUUUGUGUGCUCCUCACUUUUUCAACUUAUGGGCACAUGUGCUCCCUCUCAAAAAUGUCGGUGUCAAGCCCUGUGUACAGUGUAAUGCAUCUGAGGUAAUGAUUUUGUUUCCUUAUUUCUAGCAAAUUUAAAAAAUCUGAUUCAAUAAAGUCCCCCGUGUUCAAUAACUGAGAAAACGCACGCUUGUUUUGUGGAGAAUAUAUGAAACAGUCCCCUCUGUGAAAUCAUCUUUGUUUCUGUACUUUGAACUUUAACUCUCAGGUCUUGCCUCUUUGCCCCGCUGACACUUUUUGCAGCGUGCGUGUGGUGGCCAGACUCGGAGCAGCUGGUCAGUUAGCAGGCCACAUCAGCGUCAGGCCGCCUCACUGAUAAUGGGAUUAGUUUAAGCCAGGCAGCAGGGAAAGCAGAGAGAGGAGGUGAGGGGGAGCAGAGGGCAGAAGGAGGGGCGUUUACCAUCAUUUAGCAACCAUGGUUUCCCCCAAACCCUCAGACUCAUUACUGCACACUGCAGACCCUCAAACUGCAGGCAUGUGGGUCAGGUUUCAGACUCCCUUCAGACUCUAUUAGCCGUAGAUAAAACUUGUUGUGACCUGGAUAGAUUCAGACUGUUUUACAGUUAUGGUACGGUAAAAUAAGAGGAACUCAUUGAAUCAGGCAGUGGAAUAUUCUCUGAUGAAGGUCAUUUUCACAUGAGAUGGUCUGGAGGACUGUGCUUGAUCGCAGAGUUAAAUAAUAAUGUUAACCUGGUGUUUUCAGACUACAUAUAAUGAAUGAGGUCAGAUGAUGAAUGUAGUCUAGUCUGAAGCAAAAAUGGUAAAAACAAAAAGCAGCGAAGCCUAUUAAGUUACUGCAUGUAAAAGUAAAGAUACAAAGUGGUUUACCAAAAUCACACAGAGCCGCUGACAUCAGCUGCAGAUUAAAACUGAUUUUUCAGUUUUCUCUCUGCACCAGUCUUUGUUUUAAUCUAAAGUUGAAAUUACACUUUCAGCUGCUGCCAAAGUUUUAUUUUCAGUCUAUAUGUCUCAUAAAGUUUUUUCUUUGAAGGUCAAACUCGUUUGAUUUGUGAUUUCUGACCCCUGAUCUGUCAGACCAGGUUAUAAAUAUCUGAAUUCAAACAAUGCUGGUCUGAGGGUAUGGGCGGGGCAUUUAGAGCAGCUCUAGACAUUUCAGAGUGAAAACUUGUGAGACACUUUGACACACCUCUUUAACCUCACACAAUUUUUAACCCUCUUCCGGUGUUAGGGUCUUCAUUGACCCGUUUUUGAUUUUUAAAUGCUUAAAGAACCACUUAAAUUAGUUUUUUUGAAUCUACACUUUUUGACUUUGUCAGGAACCUCUAUUUCAAAACAACAAAAAUUAAAAAAAUUAAAUUGACAAAAUUAUAAAACACUCUUGUUGUGUUAGGGUCGCUGUUAACCCUGUCAGAUUAAUAUCUAAUAAUUAGAGCAAAAACUGAAAUCAUAAGUGCACUGUCAGGCCCCACACUGACAGUCAGAUCCUCUUCCAAUCAUUUGAGAUUUAGGAAAUUCUCAUUUUGCCGUGUUUUCCCCUGCACAAAAAAUCGGGCAUGUCCAGACAUGUGAGAUCAGUUCAGUAUAGAUGUCUGUAUGAGGGGUAUCCUGACAAAGAAAGGCCCAGAGGCUCACAACAAAAACUGUUAUAAGCAAUUCUUUUCCUGGGUAAUGAAGCCUAACAAGGUAACCUAGAGAUGAGAACCAAACUGAAUGAUAGAGAAUUGUUUCCAGUCUAAUUUACAGCUAAUUUAAGACAGGGGUCAAAACCGACCCUUAACAUGCUGGGAGCGUAGUAAAAGCUAACACAGGAGGAAGGUUGACAUACAGCUUUCUUGUGUCCAAUCUCUUUAGGACAAAGUCAGUCUGAGAAAUAUGAGGGCUAAAGCAAAAGAACAAUGCUCCAUAUUUAAUGUGUUACUUAAACGCAACACAGAGAAAUAUGUCUCUAUGUUCAUUUAUCCUUUAAGAGGUUAUUUUCAGAUCUUAGUUUUGGAAAAGUAUCAACAUUUCUCUCUGAGACACAGAUAACUAUGUCGGACUCUGUAGUGGAAAUCACUGCAUGGGCUUUAAAUCACUCCCAAAAACCAUUGUCUGUGAAAACAGUUUAUCACUGCAUCCACAAAUGAGGUUCAAUGACCAGCAUGGAGGUCUCUUUAUAAACCUCCCCUGUUAAAGAGACAUGGUGAUUUACAAUGGAGGAUCCCUCAUAGAGUUGUAGCAGUGAAGUCUUUUAUCUCUGUAAUCAUGAACCCUGAUACUGAAGACUGAGGACAGUUUUUCACUGUUUUACUAAAUCUCACCAUUUGCCUGUACUGAUUCUGUUUCUAAAAAGUGUUUUUACUGCUUUUACUGAGUUUUAGAAGAAGGACAAGAGUCGGCUUUUAAACUUUGUGCUGGGCCUGGCAGUGUGGAUGAGACAGAUGAGGAAGGUAGGGGGAGAGAAGACCAUGUCUCCUGUUCCUGUCUGUCUGGGACUCAUCAGGUCCAGGAGCUACCUGGAUUUUAACGUUUAUGAAACAUCAGGAGAGCUGAACUGUAGAAACAUAUGGUGCUACUGGAGUUACUUAUAUAAUGUGGCAGAUGAUAACCUGUGUUUUGGAGGUGUGCUGAAUACAUAAAUGUGUAUUUUUUAUGUAGGAUUUCCUGUAUGGAGCUGUGUAUUGAAGUGAACAUUAUUUAUCUAAACACAGCAGAGAAAAAUGAAUAUUAUGUUUUUUAGAAGUGCUCAGUGAAACUGUUCUUUCUGUGAGAGAGACAAAAAAAAGUUAUGAUUGAAAUCUCUCUCUCUCUCUCUGUUCCCCUCCUCACCUGUUCACCUGUAGCUGAGCAGGUUGAACCUCAGCGAGCCCUGACAGACUCACAGCAGCUCUAUAAUGAAGCCAAUCUCUCCCUCUCAGCAUCAUCCUGUGCUGCCCAUUUCAGGCUCUAAUGGCUGAAGUCUCUGCAGAGAGGGGAGCGCUAAUAGUGGCAUCAAUACGAACAGCAAUUUUGGCGUGAUGAGAGAGCCCUGAAGUCGACAUAUUACUUCCUCUGAACCGGCAGCAGAGGCAGAAGCACUACAGUCUAAUUUCACCCUAAAAGCCCCCGGUGCUCCUGCUGAGGGCUGCAGAGGAUUGUGGGGGAUUGAUCUGUGAGAGGAGAUGGAUGUGUGAGAGCCCACAGAGCCAGAUAUUGAUUUUAGACGGCGUGAAGGAUGAAUCCAUGAUAACAAAAGGUCAGCGCUCCUUAAUCCUGGUCUUUAAUCAGAGCAGAGAUCCAUCCAGCAGCUCCAGAACCUCUUCACAAUCUGCAGCUGCCUAAAAUUCAGAAUCAGGGAAUGUUUCGAGUCAAGAUCAAAAUCCUUUACCAAAAAUGACAACCACAGAUGUUUGAGCUUGGGUCUCGGGUCCUGUGACACAAGGUUUCAUCAAAUCAAAUCAUUGGUCUGCCAACAAACAUGGAUUCUCUUGGAAGGAUUUGUCCAAAGUGUAUGCUAACACUUUGAAAACUCUGGUGGUCUGUAGUUGACUAAAAUCAGUCAGCGAUGACUAAAAAAAGUCUGAGUCAUCUGUGAGGUCACUGCACACACUCAUCAAAGUCAUCAGAUGAUUCUGCAGAGGUGGAUUUACUGAGGAGUGAGACCACUUACAUCCUCACUGUCUUUGAGAAUGACCUAAAAGCAACAGGUGGGAAAAAAAGGAAAAUAAAGUAGUGAGGAGUGAGGCAUCUGUCAUCUGUACCAUCUUUGUUGAGAGUAUGAAUGUGAAACUUGUUAAAGAAUUGUUAACAAAUAAAUAACACAGUGAUGUUCAUGUUUCUAGACUCAUUUUACUCUCCAAAAACGUCAUUGUGUUUUUUUUUUUUUCAAUAGGAAUCCCAAAAAUAUGAUCUCUUCAAAAAAUCAUUUCUGCUGCAUAAAAAUCUUCUUUUCCAAAAAUUUUCGACAAGCUGUAGAAAUACAACAAUUUAACAAACAUGUUCAGGAUUUCUAAAACAGUGUUUGAGCUUUCUGGUUUAUUUUCUCCCACUCUAAACGUCACUUUCCAAAAUCAAAACUCAGUCUGAAAAAGUGUCAGUGCACCUCCUGAAAAUGUGGAAAUAAGUCUUACAUUUUCCCAUCCCAAUCUCUUUUUAUUCACUCUUUGAAGGCGUCUCUCUUACUCUGAAAUUGUUCCACUUUCACAGCUGCCCUGUUUUGGUUUUAAGUACUCAAUUUUUAUUUAUUUAAUUUUUUCUAGUAAAGGAUUCAUUUAAACAUCAAAGUUUUGCCUUUUUCAUUGUAUUUCUGCACAAAAAAUGUUCCUGGGUACACACACUCACAGUUUUACACACACUAAUACAAGCUGGACCUCGGUACUUCACACCGAGAAACAAACACACACUCAAACACACAUCUUUCCCAUGAGGCGCCUGACACAUGCAGCUGCCUGCAGCUCUGACAUGUUCAUACAUGUCAUUCCAACAUGCUGCUAAGUGCCGUCUAUGACAAAACACCUGAACACACAAGCACGACACUCAUGCUCGUGUGUGCGUGUGUCCAAGGGUAACAUAUCUGAGUUAGACAGAUCUGUUAUCUGGACUCUAUUCUCACUUGUAACUGUGUGUUUUGUUACACUCGAAGAUUUCAUACUCAUAGUGUUAUAAAGGCAGAGUGACUGUGAUUCGGUAUUCUCUCAUUAAGAAGCCUCUACUGAACAGAGUAUGUUAGGAUGGUCAUUGAAGAAGUGUUCAGGAUGUUAAUGAUGUAAAACUGUCAAUCAAGCCUUUAUAUGGACUUGCAGAAUGAGGUGUUUAUAUGUGCUUUAUACUGAGUAAUGAAGAGCUAAUAUGAUACUACAUGAUAAUCUGUUCCCUAAUCUAAAGUGUUGCCAAACCUUUAAUCCAGUUCUCUCUCUUGUCCAGUUGCUGCAGAAAAAACUUUGUAUUUGCACUGAACACAUAGUGGGUGUAAAUCUGAGCUGCAAAUAAGAGGAUUUUGAUUUAUUUUCACAUGUAGAAAUGACCCAAAAUAAGAAUUGUGAUCAUCAUAGGUCAUUGAUUUCCCCACAAAAUUGCCAACCAAACCAGGAAUCACACUCAGAAAGUCUCUAAUUAGAUUGGAUUUUGUUCAACAAGCUCAUUAGCGCUUUGGUCCGGAGUUCGUCCCCCUGCUGCUGCUGCUUGUUAAUUUAACUGGUACUGGCACGGUUCACCCUCAGUCAUUAACUUUUUUUAUGAUGAAGUGGAAUCAAACCAAAAUGAUCUCAUUAAAAGAGAAAAACAGUCUCUUGGAGGUGGAGGGAAACGCUGCUCAGCUGUCAGAAAGGUCAAAGAUGAAACCUGAGACCAGAACUUACAGAACCACAGACUGUAGAUGGACUGGUCCGAGAGCUGGGACUGUUAAUAACUAGAUUUUCUCUUGAUAUCUGUUCUCUGAAGAAAAGUGUCAGUCUACACCAGCUUAGUUUUUAUCCUCACACAUUAAUCUUUAUUUAAAAUAAGGUUGUUAACAAAAUCUUUGAUGAAAGUUACUCACCAGUGUAAAUAAACACUGACCUGGUAUAAGUGAAGAGUAAGAACUGGACUGGGCUGGCACAGAUGUGUGGACUUGAACCUGUUUGGAGGACUGAAGCUGGUGGUGCUAGCUCUGCUCUUGUUAGCCUCCAUAUGCAAAUCAUGUAAAGGCUGUUUCCUGUAGACUCUAAGAUCCAGUGUUUAAUAAUGAUCAUUAAAAUGAUUUUACUGAUAUAGAAAUUUUCAAAAACUAGAGAAAAAGUCCUUCACAAGAAAAAACUUUAAUCAAGUAAAACUGCACACUACUGAAAGUCCAUGGAACAGUUAUGAAGUAUUACACACCAACAUCCAUCAUCCAUGUUCUAACGCUUAUUCCCGUUGGGGGUUACGGGGGGACUUUAGCCUAUCCCAGCAUCUUCACGCUGGACGAGUGGCCAGUUCAUCGCAGGGCUGACAUAUAGAGAUGAACAACCAUCCACACUCACACCUACGGUCAAUUUGAAAGUGGUCGAUUAACCUAACCCCACUUCUGCAUGUUUUUGGGAUGUGGGAGGAAACUGGAGUGAACCCACGCAGACACAGGGAGAACAUACAAACUCCACACAGAAACGCCCUGACCCGGAUUCAAACCCAGGACCUUCUUGCUGUGAGGCAAGUGCUAACCGCUACAUCACUGUGCCGCCCCCAGGUGGCAUUAAAGUAAUACAAAUACAAUUUAACAGGUUUUAUAUGAGGGAUAUUUCUGACUGUGUUACACACAGAUGACUUUUUCAAUGUCAGGAGGAGAGAAAAAGCUGAUUUUAGUCAACUGUCUCAGCCUAGCAAAGCUGGACUGAAUAACUCUGGUUAUCUGGGUAACUAGGUGAAAAGUCAGAGUCAAAAACGACUCCUUGAGUUCGUGGGUCUCUUUGCAAAUGUUCUUAUGAAGGCACCCAGACUGAGGGACAGAUUAUCAAUGAAGCUGGAAAUGACAAUAACUUGUAAAUUCAGUCAGACUGGACAGGAUGUUAGACACAUUAGUGGUGCCUGGUUUUAACAGCGCAUAGAGCUGAGUGUCAUCUGCAUAGCUGUGAAGGUCUAUACCAUACCUACACAGGAUUUGUCCCUGGGGACGCAUGUGAAUAGUGAAUGAGAGAGGACCUAGAAUAGACCCCUGGGGGGUGCCACAUGAGUGACACAUCCAUGGAGGGCUGACUAAGAUAUUGUUGUUAACUGUAUCCAAAGUUUUUAAGUCAUGUUGAAUAUAUUGUUCUCAGCUGGACUGUUUUCUGAUAGUUUCAUCUUUAGACUCGUACUUAAGUCAGAAUUUAAAUUCCUGUCUAAGACAACGUUACAUUCAGACACCCUCAGGGCAGUAUAUUACAUUACUGUACUCAUUAAAGCAAGUGUCUGGUUAUGCUGAUGAUGUAGUGAUGAGCAGAGCGGUCCCUCUAUUAGCAGACUGGACCAAAGGCACUGCAGCAGGGGCUUCUGGGAGAUUGACAGCUCUGGGGUGGUGGUUGUGGCUGAGGCAGCAGGGGCUUCUGGGAGCUGCUGGUGCCAUGGAACGAUGCCUGAGCUGCCAGCAGCGCUCCUCCUCUCAUUCUCCAUCUCCAUCUCAAGCUGACCCCUCCCAAAUCACACACACAUACACACACACACAUGCUCGGCCAGCCAUGCUUUUGUCUUGCGUGUCCACAUACAUCUGUCAUGCAUGGCAGCGUUGGCUCUGACAGUCUGCUAUUGUUGCACCCACCCCAGAACCCCCACUCGACCCCCCCUUCAGCGGGAGACGCAGCCAUGGUUUGGGGUAAUUGCUGGUCCUAAUUAGUUCACACACACAUGGGCACACAGGCACACACACAAACACACACACAUAUAAGCCAAAAAUACUGAUUAAAUGUCCCAAAUCCUAUUAAAGAGAAGCCUGAGUGAAACAAUGUGAGGAGUGUUUUCUAAAGAGCCAUUGUUCGUUGUCUAGAUCAAUACAAAACAAAGGUUAUCUCUCAAUCCUGAGUGUAACAAUGCAGUUAUGAUGAUGAGUGUUUGAACGCCCACUUUACCUCCUGCUGUUGAUUUUUUUUCACUCCACAGAGGUCAGAGGAUUCAUGGAAAACAAAGCAGCAGUUUAAAGGGCUUUUUGUGAACACAGAGACGCUGAUCCUCACACGGCCGGAGGGGGAAAAAAAUGAUUAAAAACACAAAAUCAAACACUGUUGUUAGAUGACAGCAGUUUUUACAGUGACA